AGAGGAAUCACUGGGCGACUAUUUAGGUCUCUACACCAGCGCUGGCUGUUCUGAGCACCAACGGAGAUCUCGUCUCUGCUGCCCAUCGCAGCUCCAACUAUGGGGGCAGCUAUGUUCCUCUGGGCCCUGGCUCUGCUUUCACUCACAGCUCCAGUCAUUUCAGACCCGUAAGAUGUUUAUUUUUCAUUUUUAUUUCCUGGGCAGAUUUUUAAGUGGGAUGUGAGUAUUCCUCUAAAUACCACUUGCUGGGGAUCACAAUUGGAGAGAAUGCUGUGGUGCUCGGGUGCUUCUUCCAGGCAUCUAGUUGGCUCCUGUGAGAACAGGGUGCUGGUCUGGAGGGGAUUUUGAUUUGCCACAGUAGGGCUCUUCUGAAUAAUAAUAAUUUUAUUAUUUAUACCCCGCCCAUGUGGCUGGGUUUCCCCAGCCGCUCCAGGCAACUUCCAGAAGAUACAAAAACAGAAUUAUUGUGGUCUUGGGUGGUUAUUAUGAAAUUGCUACUCUUUGUUUUCACUUUUCUUCUGGGGAAUGUCAUCAUCAAAUUGUUUCCCUGGGCUUUUUCCAUUACUUUUCAGAGCAAGGCUGGAGCUAGACCUCGGAGGUACCGCUUACGGGUGCCUCACCCUCACAGACAAGGCAGAGCCCUUGCCCGCUACCACAUGCAAAGGCAGCAAGGCCCCCACUCCCAGGCCACCCCACCUCCUAACACCCAUGACAGGAAAAUUGAGAUGGCUGCCAUCCAUCCAUUCCUCCUGCUGGGAUGACAGAUCCAUAGAUAAAUGUACAGAUUUUAUAGAUCUACAGCCUCAGUAUAAAUUGAUCUAUAUAUGUUCUAGGUCUGCAGUCCGAGUACAGUGGUACCUUGGGUUAAGAACUUAAUUCGUUCUGGAGUUCCGUUCUUAACCUGAAACUGUUCUUAACCUGAAGCACCACUUUAGCUAAUGGGGCCUCCCUCUGCCGCCACGCUGUCGGAGCACGAUUUCUGUUCUUAUCCUGAAGCAAAGUUCUUAACCCGAGGUACUAUUUCUGGGUUAGUGGAGUCUGUAACGUGAAGCAUCUGUAACCUGAAGCAUCUGUAACCCGACGUACCACUGUAUAGAAACACGAGUAGUUAAUGGUACAAGUGAGAAUAGCAGUCCCCUUGAGCCUACUCGGAGUAUAGAAACAUUUCUCAUUACAUCCUUCAAAGAAGCAAGCAAGCUGUUGCUGGCCAAAAUACAUUUAGAUCCAUUUCACCAUGGCACGCUUGUGCUCAGCUUAGCAUCCUGGCAUAUAGCUUUAUUCAUUUCUAGAUACAUUCAACAUUUGCAGUGUCUGCGUGUCCUUGGAUGAUCUGUUGCAAACGCUUAUUGUGCUUUGUGCUCUGUACCAUGUAUUUGUGUGCUAGCGUGAUAAGGAUUUUAACUGUUCUCUGCCCCAUUGGGGCGAUGGGCGCUUGCAAAGUGAAAGGGAUUCUCAGCAGUUCCUCAAAGCGAUGUUGUUGUUGUUUAGUCGUUUAGUCGUGUCCGACUCUUCGUGACCCCCUGGACCAGAGCACGCCAGGCACUCCUGUCUUCCACUGCCUCCUGCAGUUUGGUCAAACUCAUGCUGGUAGCUUCGAGAACACUAUCCAUCCAUCUCGUCCUCUGUCGUCCCCUUCUCCUUGUGCCCUUCGUCUUUCCCAGCAUCAGGGUCUUUUCCAGGGAGUCUUCUCUUCUCAUGAGGUGGCCAAAGUAUUGGAGCCUCAGCUUCACAAUCUGUCCUUCCAGUGAGCCUCAAAGCGAUAGGCUACUAUAAGUUCCCUCUUGGUGGUGGUUCUCACUUUGUGGAAUGCCCUCUCUAGUCUUGCUCAUUCUUAACCUUCAAGAAAAAUCUAAAAACAUUCCCUAGGCAUAUGGUGGCUGAAAGAUUUGCCCACUGUGAUAUUAUUAGCUGUGAGAGUCAGUGGUUGUAUAUGUGUAGUUUUUUUCCCUUUAAGUUCUUAACUUUUAAAGAAAAUGUUAAGUGCUUUUAGAAGAUUUUUUAAAAACUGGUUUUUAAAACUAUAUUAUUUUAUGGAUGUGUUUGCUGUUCUGGGCUCCUUUGGGAAGAAGGAUGGGAUCUAAAUACUAUAAGUUCCCUUUUAACAGUCACACUCGGGGGUCCACAUUAUCACAUUUUGGGGCCCUUGGGGUCCCCCAACAGUAGCUUCUCAUUUCCCAAACAGAUGAGUGUAUUCCAGGUAACAAGCUGCUUCUUUGUAUAGCAAAGAGAGGGGUAAGCCAAUUAAAAUCUGACGGGUAUAUGAAUGUGACUUGCAGGCUGCCAGCUGACCAUCCCUGCCCCCAGAAAGCAACAGGUGAGUGCCCUUUUAGCUGCUUCUCUAAAGGCCAAGAGCAACUUCUUCAAUGGUCCUUUCUUCUUCUCUUGCAGCCACUAUCUAUUGACCUUCCCGGCAGUCAUUCGCCAUCCGGAUACUGAAGAGUUCUGUGUGCUUCUGAGCAACCUCCAGGAGACAGUCCACCUGAAAAUAACAUUAGAGAUGACGUUGCAGAACCACACCCUGCUGGAGAAGGAUGUGGAGAAACCAGGGACCUAUGAAUGCACCAGCUUCCAGGCAAGUUUCAUCCAUUGCAAGCAACUCAAUGGCUUCCAGCUCCCGUCUGCCCCAAUUAGUAUGGAUAAUGAUCAGGGACGAUGGAAGUUGUAGCCCAGUGAUAUCUGCAUGGCCACACCCCUGCAACAAGGGGAGCUCUCUUUCACAUUAUCUUUGUUUUUCAAAUUAUUCUUAUUAAUUUUCCAAAUUAUCACAAAUCAAACCUAAUGACUUAAAUUUAAUACAAUUUCUUAAAAUCAAGUUUCCUGCUCCUGUAGCAAACAUAUGUUGAUCAUUUCCUCCCGUAGCAGCAUCAUUUCUUAUUUAAUGUCCAGUUGUCAUCCUUCACUUGCCACUCUUACAGUCGAUGGCUUUUUCCUCCUUACAAACAGUUACAUCUUAUAAAUAUAAAAUCCAUUUCACGUGUGUAGUCUGUUUCACAUUAUCUUGCUUGUGCAUCAUAGUCAUGAGCUACCAUGUGAAGGCUGCUGAUAAUAGCCUUAUUGUUAUUAUUAUUUCCAUUUGUAGACCGCUUACUAGCCAAAGAUCUCAAAGUGGUUUACAAUAGAUAAAAUACAAUAAGUAAGUAAAAAUGCAUAAAUAUAUACAAGCAUAAUAAGUGCAAUAAAAAACUAUGUCAAAUGAUUUGCAUUAAAAUAAAAAAUGCAUAAAUAAUAUCAAUAUAUAAACACAAUAUCAAUAUAAAUAAAGUCAGAGAAUGGGACAGCCAUGUCAAAUCAACCCUACAUCCUGGACUACCUGCAGAAGGGAUACCUAUCCACAAUAGUGCAUGCCCCUUUCUUGUACCCUCUUGUACUCACUGCCGAUAAGAGAUUAAGAGAUCAAUUAUUUGCCAGGCUGCCCCUUACCAAACAGCCUACAAAAUUUCCCAGGGGUCUCUCUGAAACCUCCUUAGGUAGGGUGAUAGUAAAACUGCAAGUGUUGAGAGUGUUUGGAAUAGUCAAAGACUACACAGGAACAGGAAAAUAGUGUAUAGGAUGAAUGGGAGCAGCAGGAAGCGAUGAAGUAUAAAACAUGCAAAUGUUACAGAGAAAUUACAGAAUAUUUCCUUUGGAGCAAAAACAAACUAAAAUUGGUUAUAUGCAACCCACUUGCCCUAGUUGAAAAGAGUCCCUAAAUUCACUAGGCUCUUAGUAGGAUUCCUUGUUCAUAGGUAGGCCUUUGUCCCUUGAAACCUUCCUCCCAAGCUCAACAAAAAGUUCUGCAUGUUACCUGAGGCCACUUUGAUCUACUCACCUCCUAGGUAUCUAUCUUUCCCCCCUAGACCUUCCUUGUCAAUCAUGUGCUCCUCCCCUUGGAACACCUGCUCAGAGAAGUUUUCAGAUUUCCUGUCUUUGGAAAGAGAGAACUGUGCACUUAGGCGCAUCAGCAAUGGUGGACACCUAUGCCUUGGUUUUAUGAACUUCAGGGCACCAGCAGACAGGCAAAAAUACGCAUUCCCAUUUUAUACACAGGCGGUCCAGAACAUUAAAGACCACAUCCUUUACAGAGAGCAGCUGGAGCUGGAGCAAAAUUCCCAGACGGAGCUGGUGAAGAGGCAGGUGUGGGAAUGGGUCUAGGAAUGAUGGUGGAGUGGGGAGCAGGGAUAGAUUUAUGGAUGAAGCCAAUGGCCUCAACUGAGCCCAGGACUAGAUGGCCAAACUCCUCUAUAGCUAAAAUGUAUUCCAUGCCCAGAUAUGUUUCAACAUGGUCAAAAGCAAUGGUUCCUCUACUAAAUCAUCUUUAUAGAUUAAAUCUACCCUGUUUUCACAGAUGCUUCUCAUAUGUUUUCUGCUUUAUCUCUUACCUUUGUUGUACUUAACCCCUUUUCUUCCAUCCCUCCUAUGGGAUAUAAUCCAUUGGAAGUCAAGUGCAACACUCCUUAUUUCCCUAGAGUGGACACAGGCAAGGGGAUGUUAGUGUAACUUCCUGUUCCACUGGUCUGGAGCAUCCUCCCCCUGGAUGUGAUCUGGGAGAUGGGCAUGGCCCUGGCUGAUUCCAUAAAAGAGCCGAGUCACGCAGCCAUUUUCUCUCUCUUGAUGCUGAUCUCUUGCUUGCUGAUCUCUUGCUGCCAUGCUGCUCUCCUGCAGCCAUUUUGUUCUCUUAAUGUAAUUUUGCUGUCUGCUGGCUCCCAGCCAGCAGCACAUGAGCUCAAUCUCCAUAUGAGACAAACUCAGACUUUGUUAUGUAACUACUAAGUAAAGCCUGCCUUUCAGGGAUCAAAUCGUGAACUGAAAUGUGAGUAAACUUCUUGUUACUUUUAAAGGAAAGACUCGUCUCUUUAUUCUUUUAAGAGGGAUAAAAGGGGACACCAGGAAUAAUCCAUCUGGGCAAGCCAGAUUGGAUUACUUAACUAAAGAGAUUCAAACGAAUCUGCAAAUUAGCCUCCUGCUAUAUUGAGGGGAAUCUGCUCUGCUACAUCACUCAGUAGCGUGAGUGAAGGAAGGAUAAUAUUUAUUCAGUAUAUCAUUUCCUACUAUCCUUAACAUUCCCACACCUCCAUCUUGCCCUCUUCAGGUACCAGCCUUUGUUGCCCGGAAAACAGAGAGCCACUACAUUCCAUUGGUAAGUCCUGCAUUUCCCAAUCAUUCCCUUUCUUUCAUGCACCCUUGGCACUAGGAGAAUUUAAAUUAGAGAGGAAGGGGGGAAUGACUUAAGAGGAAGAGAAGAGAAGGGGAUAGAGAAGCAGGUGGAGGUGGAACUGUACUGAGAGAACAUGGAUGAAAGAGAAAACCAAGAUGGACAUGCAAAGAGAGAGAAGGGGAUGUGUAUCUAUUGGGAGGGGGAGUAAUAAAUGGAAGUGUGUGUGUGUGUGGUGUUGACUCCCUGAUCCCUAGGGGAGAGCGAAGUUGGUAGAAGAGCAAGGGGCAGUUUUUGAGACAUACCCUCUCUACUGCAAAAUACUUUUCUGUUCUCGGUCCUCCUGCUAGAACAUGUUUUGCUUUUCUCUUUGGCACUGUGAAGGAAGGAGAAAUGGCCCGUGUUCACAUCCUAGUCCUACAGGGUGACAGCGUAAGCUUUAAGGGCUCCAAGAAGGUGCAGGUCAAGAGCUCUCCCACAAUUAACCUGAUGGAUCUAGACAAGCCCUUUUACAAGCCUGGAGAGAGAGGUGGGUAUCGGAGUGGCCCUGGAACCGGGAGGAAGACUGCAGCUUCUGUCCCAUCUUUGGGGAUGGAACGGUGUCCCCGGCAAAUAGGAAUCAAAUAAGCAAACUCAGUGUUCCAAGAACUAAGCUAUUAAACCAAAGCCAAGUGCCUUUCAAGAGCCCAGAUGCUCUACAGAUUUGCAUACAAUAAUAAGUUGACAUCAACAAUUUGCCUUGCUAAUUCAGCAGGGGGUGGAAAUCUAGUCCUUGGUUUUAAAAUGCAACAACAUGAAGGAAGUAUGUGGGAGCAACAACAAAAACCAGAAACAAAUAAUCUUUCUGUUUCUUUGUUUUCCCCCUUCAGUAAAACUUCGAAUUGUGCAGCUUGAUGAUCAAUUUAAGGCCCGCAAUAAAUCUGUAAGUAUUGGUCUCUUAUUAUCAUCACAGACUAUCAAUUCCUCAAAAUGUCAUAAGCCCAGGAAGGUCUCCUUACUGGACCCAGAGACAAAUACUUUGUUAUUUCUCAAGUGGGGGAACAUCUUUAGGAGUUUCUCAUGCUUCCAUUCGCUUGUGAAUUGGGCCCAGAGUUUCUGCGGGACAUUAGCUCUGUAUUAAAAUGCACUGAGGAGCAUUGCAGUGGUAAUGAAACAUGAGGAAUUAGUACACAAACUUCACUAUACAAACUGCAGAUUCAGACAUCUCAGGCACGUCCAACAGGUAGAUUGUGAGCCACCGGUAGAUCACUGGAUGUCUGUGGUAGAUCACUGGCACCCCCCAAAAAAGCUAAAACAAGGUCAACAUUUUUGCCCUGCACCCCGCCAAAAAUGAGGCUUUCCUCCUCCCUAAAAAAAGCUAAACAACUUUGACCUGAACCCCCCUCAUCCUGAUCACUGCCAGUUUUUAACUCUGUGAGUAGAUCGCAGUCUCUUGAGAGUUGGCCACCCCUGAGAUAUCUGAACAGCCAGACCUGCGUGUAGUGCUGUAAACAAAUAAGCAGCCUUAAACAGGCCUUACUUUUUUGUGUUUUGCUGGUUCACGACAGCUGUUUCACCAUAAACCAUGGUGGAAGGAAGGGGAAAUGCCCCCCUUCCUUCUUUAUCUUUUGCAAGGUUUCCAAGGAUUUUCCUAUUUUCCCCUUUCAUUUUGGGGUCAAUAUUUCACGCAUUGGAAAUUUCCCCAUAGGAAUCAAAUCGUCAACUUGUUAUGUGAACGCUUGCCUAAAAAACGAUUUCCUGAGUUCGGAUAGUGGGACUUGUGUGGUGCAUCCACCAACCAGAACCCUUUCUUUACGUGCCCUCUAAGUGAUCACAUGAUCAAUAUCAGCAUGAUGGGGGCUGGUGCUAGAACAGAUGUUUCCACAUACGUAGGUCUGUAGGGGCAGGUACAGUCUCCCUCGGGCGGUGGUGGACUCUCCUUCCUUGUAGCCUUUUAAGCAGAUUUUUGAUGACCAUCUGUCAUGGGUGCUUUAGCUGAGAUUCUUCCAUUGCAGGUGACCCUAGAUGACCCUUAGGGUCCCUUCCAAUUCUAGAAUUGGAAUUCUAGAAGUCUGAUUCUAUGGCAGAAGAUUGGCAAGCAAGGCAAACAGCUGACCCAGCCUCAUUUCCUAUAGCCCACAGAUGGGUUGCAAUUGCUAUCUUAUCACGCUGCUAGUAAUGUCAGUUCGAGAGUGCAGGCAGGACAGAACUGUCAUUUCCUUGGCUGGUUUUACAGAAUGCUGGAAGACCUGGAAGCUGCUCUGUUCCUCAUUGACACUGACAUUGUCCCUCUCUCUUGUCAUUUGCAGAUCCCUUUGCUAGAGCUGAGAGUAAGUACCGGUAACUAGCAUUGGUCGUGAUGUUUUCCUUUUGUUCCCACCCUGUCCUUUGAGACCACUUGAACAUCAGGGCAUAUCUACACUACACAUUUAAAGUAAUAUGGUUGCAAUUGUAAACCUGGGAACUAUAGUUUUGGCUUGGAGAGGCUGCUGGACAGGGAAAACAACCCCAAUGGUCCCUUCUGUGAGUCGCUCUUGUUAAAAUAGAUUUGUUUUUGGCUUGAACUUAAGUAGGCAUACCAUCAAAGAGCAGUGGGUGUGAAAUGUAGGUCUAAGCUGCCCCUUUCUAUGAAUAUUGUCAUUUAUUAAGUACUUACCACCUGUUAGGCUACAGGGAAUCCUAUCCCUCCCACGGUGGCAGUCAAGAAGCAAAUAAACAAGAAGAGUUCUUACCAAGUAGUUUAGUCAAUAUUCACAGAGAGAGACGCAGGAAUACGGUCUUUCUUAGAUAAUGGUGUUGCUCCAAGUCCCACCCCCUCAGUCUCCCUUAUCCUACAUCAUCCCUGCUCUGGCUGAUCUGUGCUUUCUGCCUCUGAGCUUUCUGUUCUACUACUCUCAAUGCACGCCAGGUCCUGGGAGAAGGGGAGGGGUCAGGAAUGCUUUCCAAAGACACUGAGUCUGUCAGCUGUCUCUCCCCUGGAGCUUCUCCUUCUUCCUGCUGUUCCUCUCCCAAUAUUUCCCAGCUUCUCCCCCUGCAGCCACUGAACUAUGCCCUUCCGCAAACCACUGUUGCAAAUCUAUACUGUCCUUCUCUUCUCGUGAAGGUUCAUGAAGAGGGGGGAGGCUAUCCCCACCUUUCCUCCUCAGUCCAGUCCCUGACAUCACCAUGCAUAGCUAUCCACAUGAUAAGCCAGUUGUCUAUAUUUCCCUGCCAAAUUAUGAGAACUGAGCCAUACACCUGUACUUCUGCAUUCUCCUAUUCAUGGGAUGCAACAGGUUAGUCUCAACCUGUUGUAAGACUCAACAAAAGGUUAUAUGCCCCCACUGUGGUAAAUGUUAAUAACUAUUUGGUCAACGGUUGCCUGCAUUCACCCAAACACCCACCAGCAACUGCUAAAGCAAUAUGAGAAGCACCACAAGAAGAUGCCAAUUGCCUUUCUGAAUUGGCCCCCAAACUAUUGCAAACUAAAUGUGAUGUUAAUUGCCUGAAUGCAAUCAAAGUGUACAUUUUUACUAUAUAAAUGGCAGCCUCAGGACUGUGAGAAUGGAAGCAGGGAGCGGGGGAUUUAACUUUGUCACCCUGCCAAGUUCCAAUAAAAGAAAACACCUCCCCAAAGCCGCUUUUUGGUUUUCAAGGGAAGAUUCCAUUGGUAAGCGUGGUAGCGUCAUUUGAAAUGCAAAUACAGUGCACCUGCAUCAUACAUGCAUAUUAUUAGCGUGAAUUCAGUUAUACACACUUGGCUCUGGCAGCAGGAGGAAGGGAAGGGACCAAGGCAGAAGGGAAGAGAAAGAAAUCUGUCUCUUUUGGCUGCAAGACGAGGAUGGAAGAGAGUGUCUCCUGGGAAGAGAGAUUGCCUGCUAAAUGACUCUAGGAAUGGUAGCUCUGCGAGGGGAAUAAGGGAAUCUCAUAAGGACUCGCAGCACCCUUAACAAAUGAUGGUUCCCAGGAUUCCUUGGGGGAAGCCAUAGUGGCAUGAUACUGCUUUGAAUGUGUUAUACAGGGGUAGGGGGACUCCAUUGCAACAGAAAAAAUAAAUAUCUGCCUUGUUUUUCUUCUACUGGUUAUAGCCUCCAUGCCUUCUUCUCUGGACUUAGGGGACUCUGAGCCCCUUGGGGAGUUGGGCUGUAAAGGCCACCCCCCAAUUUUGUCCAACAAGUAUAUGGUGCAGACAUGGGUGUAGCCAGGAUUUUUGUUAGGGGAGGGAAGAAACUGAGCUAUGCAUUUUUAUUUAUUUUUAUUGAUUGGGGGGCAGCUGCCUCUCUCUGGCACCCCCGGGCUACGCCAAAGGGUGCAAAUGGAGACAAAUCCAUUCCGUUAGGAGAAAUUGCUUUGCCAAAGUGUGCAUGUGUGGAGAAACUUGCACCAAGAUGCUGAUAAAUUUCCACAAGGGCUUUAAAAUCAUCCCCAUCAUCUAAUGUGAAAAUGUAAAGAACUAAAGAUCGGGGAAAGUUAGAAACUGAGAGGAUUCCUUUAUCCCUACCCCAAAUGCAGCUUAGGACUAAGGUGGGUCUCAGGUUGGAAAAAGUUGAAGACUGCUGCCAUAGAGGACUGUCCUGUCAUCUUUGUUGACUCUACAGUCAUACCUUGGUUGUCGAACGCCUUGCAACUCAAACGUUUUGGCUCUCGAAUGCCGCAAACCCAGAAGUGAGUGUUCCAGUUUGCAAACAUUCUUUGGAACCCAAAAGUCCGCCACAGCUUCUGCAGCUUCCAGUUGAGUGCAGGAAGCUCCUGCAGCCAAUCGGAAGACGCACUUUGGUUUUCGAACAUUUCCGGAAGUCAAAUGGACUUCCGGAACGGAUUUCGUUCGAGAACUAAGGUAUGACUGUACUGCCAGUCUAGUCAGCUCCUGCUCACGGUGUGCAGGGACGGGAGCUCAGGCAAGAGCAUUUCUUAGGAUAGCCCAGCCUUCUUCAGGAUGUGGUUCAUCUGGUUAUGUGAACAUUGCUAUUGCUGCAGCCAAGGGGACGAACCUCACAGUCCUUUUGUUCUUAUCCCAGGAUCCUAAUGGGAACCGAAUAGGCCAAUGGGUGGACGUGAAGCCUCACCAUGGCAUUGUGGAUCUGUCUUUCCCUCUGGCCUCGGAAGCGGCCCUGGGAUCGUACACCUUCAAAAUGGGAGAGGACUACAGAAAUAGGAAAGUAUUCACUGUGGAGGAAUAUGGUAAGUUUCUGGGGAAGACCACAUGGCUUGUGAGAAUCGUUCUAAGAAUAAAAGGAAGCAUAUGUUCAGGGAAGUUUUUAAUGGUUGAUGCUUUGUUGUGCUUUUAAUACUUUGUGGGGAGACGCCCAGAGUGGCUGGGGCAACCCAGUCAGAUGGGUAGCAUAUAAAUAAUAAAUUGUUAUUGUUAUUGUUUGGUUCCAUGUCUAUGGGGCUGAGGACAGCUCAGCCCUACCCCAAGGUAUGUGGGGAUCGGCCUAAGUCCUUCCAAUCUUGAGUGGCUGAGCCCCGUCGGGCCUCCCCACAGCAGCAGAGGGCCCCAUCGUUCCUCCCUGCUGUGGCGGAAGGCCCCAUGUCGGCAGGAUUCAGAAGUAAUGCCCUUUUGGGGGAGAAGAAAUUACUCUAAGCAAGGAAAGGGUAGUCAGAGCCACAUCUGUGGUUGGCCUAGCAUAGAUGCUUGGGGGCCAGUGGCUCAAGUCUUGAACCAGCUAACCCUGCCGGUGUCUUGGGAAGCCGAGAUAGCUGAGUUUGGAGUGCCAACUCCUAAUGCCAUGCUUAAAUGCUUGGAGGCAGCAGGAAUGGGAGAGAAAGCGGGGCAGGGCUUGGAUGGUUUUUGCUGACUGCUCUCCGAGAUGUGUGGCAGGAAUUAGAAGCUACUUGGAAGAAAGGUCAACAGCUUGCUGGCAGGGCGCCCAUAACGUCAUCCGUAUCAGCAACUCCUCGGAAUACAAAUAUCUUCCGGAUAGAUUGCCCAUAUACAUGGGGCCAUCUGCUGUGGUAGUGGGCCCCCAUGCUGGUGGAGGGCCACAUCAGGCCUCAUGGCUUCCUUCCGAUGUGCAUGAACUUGGCGCUUCUGAAAGGAAGAGAGAUUUGCCUGCCCUGAAGUCCCUUUCAAGACUGCCGUUUUCAGCUGUUCAAAAUGCAGAAAGCAAACACAACAGCAGGGAUCUCUACACAUUGGUCGUUAGGUCAUCUGCAGAAAUGACUCAUGCCUGUACAGUAAGCCUGCAACUUACACACAUUUAGCUUUUGCACAUCCAGCUUUAUGUGCUUGGCAAAAAAAUAAAAUGGGGGGGGAGCAGAAAGGGGGCAGGUGUCCGGGGGAAAAGACUUUGGCGAUCUCACCCACCAUUGAACCCAACGUAUUUUGACUAGAUGCGAUUUUGGUUUCGGGCUGAUCACUGGAACAUAACCCCCGCCAUAAGUUGAGGGCUUACUAUACAACUGUGGAGAGGGGGUCAGGGGGGCUCCUGCUUGUGUUGCCCUGUGCACAUGCCAUUCCCCAUGCUAAUUCUGUCUAGACAUUGUGAAUGGCAAAGUUACUAGCUCUUCAAUAUGUUGCUGUCUUUCCUGGAAGAAAAUGCAGCAGUGAUGUUCUAGAGAAAAGAUCUGGGAGGAGAUAGAAAUGUGAGGUGCUGAUUUUAAAGAGAGACAGACAGAGAGAAAGAGAGAGACAGAGAGAGAGAGAGAGAGAGCUACAUUUAUAUCCUACCUUUCCUUCAAUGAGCUCAAGGUAGCAUAUACAGUGGUAUCUCUGGAUACGAACGGGAUCUGUUCCGGAGCCCUGUUUGCAUCCAGAAGCAAUGUAACUAGCGACGGCAUGUCUGCGCACGCGCACGUUGCUUUUCGCCGCUUCUGCGAAUGCGCGUGACGUCAUUUUGAGCAUCUGUGCAUGCACGAGCAGCGAAACCCGGAAGUAACGCACUCCAUUACUUCUGGGUUGCCAUGGAGCGCAACUCAAAUGCGCUCAACAUGAAGCAUAUUCAACCCGAGGUAUGACUGUAUAGUCCUGUGAGGUAGGUUAGGCUGAGAGGUGACAAUUGGUCCAAAGUCACCCACCCAUGGCGGAGUUUGGGGCAGGUUCAACUCUGGUAUCCUUGGUCCUUAUCAAACACUCUAAGCACUGUAAAAGGUAAAGGUAAAGGUACCCCUCCCCGUACGGGCCAGUCGUGUCCGACUCUAGGGUUGUGCGCCCAUCUCACUUAAGAGGCCGGGGGCCAGCGCUGUCCGGAGACACUUCCGGGUCACAUGGCCAGCAUGACGAAGCUGCUCUGGCGAGCCAGCACCAGCGCAGCACACGGAAACGCCGUUUACCUUCCCGCUAUAAAGCGGUACCUAUUUAUCUACUUGCACUUAAGAGUGCUUUCGAACUGCUAGGUGGACAGGAGCUGGGACUGAAAGACAGGAGCUCACCCCACCGCGGGGAUUCGAACUGCCGACCAUGCGAUCGGCAACCCCUAGGCACUGAGGUUUUACCCACAGCGCCACCCGUGUCCCUUCUAAGCACUGUACUGGCUCACAAAUGCAUCUCACGCAAUGUCCCAGUGAACACAGUUGGUGAAGAAAUGCAUGCUAAUUUGACACCUGUCACUUUGCAACCAUCCCACAUGCAACAGAGGAAAAACAAGGAGAUCAAAGUUAGGUCAAAACCUUAUUGCAUCGCCAGCUGGCUAUGAUAAUAUAAUGCUAAAAAAUGACCGUGAAGGAAGGCAAAACAAUGCCUCCUUUUCCUUCCACCCACCCGCUAAAUUAAAGCACCUACAUCUAUAGGUGUGUGCAUUUUAAGUUCAGUUUAGGGUCAAGCAAGAUAUGAUAUGCAAGAUCCAUACAGAGGAUCUCUUCUGGUUUGGAGUUUUGUUAAUUUGCUUUUAAAAUCAAAAUACGCUGCAGAAGCAAAAUCUGACCAGACAGCAGCACUUGCUGGAGUUAACGUUCUCCUCUCGUAUCUUUUAAUCCAAUUGCAAUUACCCCAGAACUAUUGGUCUUGGUGUUUUUAGCAAUCUGCUAUUCCAAUUAUUCUUCUUCUUUUUAAAGCAUCCCUUACUCCUCCUCCUCUUCUUCUUCUUCUUCUUCUUCUUCUUCUUCUUCUUCUUCUUCUUCUUCUUCUUCUUCUUCUUCUCUCCAUUGCAGUGCUGCCAAAAUUUGAAGUGCUGUUUGAACUUCCGCAACUUGUCACCAGAGCAGAUGAAGAAGUUCAAGUCAAAGUGCUUGGCAGGUGAGCAAAAUCUUGUGUGUCCUCAAAGACCAUGCCAACGGUUGAUGGAGGAGAAUAUUUCAUCCCCAAUAAUGAGGACAGAAUAGGCAGACAUCAGUACUGUGUCCUUUUCCCCUGCUCUGUUUCUGGAGGACUAAAUUGCAGACGAAAAAAAGGAUAUUCCAAGCACCUGAGGUAUUUGGUAAAGCAAAUCUGUUUGUUCCAGUCCGGCUUCUUUCCUUUCACAUUUUUCUCUCUUUCCCUUCCAGUGACCUAUCAAUUAUGGUCUAGAUUUUUGUUUGUCUGUCUGUCCAGAAAGCUUCUUUUCCUUUCCUGUCACUUUGCAGAAAAAGUCAAGCACCACUUCUUCCCUCCCUGCUCCCUCAUACACAUACUUUCCACAUUUCUUGCAUUUCUCCACAACAGGCCAUCAAGUAAUCUUUGCAUCUGCAUGUGAAACAUUAUUGGGAAUGAUUCUGCCGCAACUGUGGAGUCGAAAAGCUAUAACGACUAGUGAAAUUUUCAUUCCCUUCAGAAAGUCUCUGGGUGGUAUAAAAGGAUUGUUCUGGCAUGCCUGCCUCCAGUCUUUUCUCAGACAGCGUGGGAUCGGGUCAGGAGUUCCAGCUUGGCCCCACGACUGUGGGUGCCCAGGGCUGUGGGUGCCAUGCAGCGUGCAUGGCCCUGGCACCAAAAUUUGUGGGUGCCCGGCCCUUCAUGGGGAAUUUUGUGGGUGCUCAGACACCCAAGGCCCCAGGGAAUCGGCUCCUAUGGAUCAGGUGUUCUUUCCUUCAGUGUGAAUUCACGGGGGGAAAUCUCUCCCUAAGGCUGGUCCACACUUUCAUUUACCGUAUCCAAAAUGCAUGAGCUUUGCUGUGAUAAAAUGGCUGAUGUGUUGUUUCUCAACUCAGCUUGGAAACCCUGAAGCCUUUCCUAGCUCAUCUGUAGCCAAGACAUGAAAACACCUUUUUAUAGGGAUAAAGCAGGGAUCAGCAAACUUUUUCAGCAGGGGUCCAGUCCACUGUCCCUCAGACCUUGUGGGGGGCCAGACUAUAUGUUGGACAAAAAAUGAUGGAAGGGCACCACGAGCCCCGGUGGCUGCUUACCUGUGUCUUGUGAGCGACAGGGGCUGGCGGUGGCGAUGGCGGAGGGACGAUGAGCGGUGUGCAAAAGGGCUUUGGAGAGGGGCUGCUUAAAAUGGCAGCUGCUCGAGCGCUGCUGCUGCUGGCACCAACAAAGCCCAGCCCCCUUCCUCCUCUAGUAGAAAAAAGACAGUCAUGGAACCGAGAAAUUGCACAAAACAAAUGAAAUACCAUGAAAAUCCCUGAAAUGAGAAGUAAUAGACUAGAAAUCGAUCCCAUUAAGGCUUUGUUCAAUUUUAGGUUUUUCUAUUUUUUUCUAUUUUUUUUUAAAUAGCUUUUAUUUUGCUUAAACAGGUACAUAUAAAUAUAAACAACCAAAAAUUACAAAGGAAAAUUCCUUUAUAGUAAUGAAAAAAAACUACAAAAACUACAAAAAAUAUCGAAGUACAUGACACAGAACAUAAGCUACUAUGGGAAAUAGAAAAGAAAAGAAAAAAAAGGAAAGAAAAAAAGAAAAAAAAGGAAGAUGAGCCAAAGCAGGAAAGCUCAUCAAUUGUACACUUCCUUCUAUUUUUUCCCUUAAACUUUUUGAUUUUAUUAUUUAGUUUAUUUCCAUAAGACAAUAUUUCUAGUCAAUUACUUCUCGUUUCAGGGAUUUUCACGGUAUGUCAUUUGUUUUGUGCCCCUUCCUCCUCUAUACAGGGCAGGCAGAAGCCAGGAGGAGGGAGGGAGGAAGCGCCGCUGUUGCCGCGCCGGAGAGGGAGAGGGAGAGAACGCCCGUGCUGGCAAUCCACAUGGCGAUUCCUGGACCGUCCACGGGCCGGAUCCAAAAGGCAAUUGGGCCUGAUCUGGCCCGCAGCCCUUGGUUUGCCUACCCAUGGGAUAAAGACAUCCCUGCCCUGUCAAUGUCCAUAGUGUGUUACACAAGCAGAAACAAAUCUCACACUGUUUGAGGCGUGUGAACAGCUGGGAGGAAAGUGCUGGAGAACUGCAACUUUGCUGUGCUCAAAGGCAGUAAUGUGAACAACACACCCUAAAGUGAUUUUCCUACCAUAAACUGUUCAAUCAAGAAGUCUCUCUGUUUUUUUGGUGCUACCAGCUCCAUUUCCACCACCACCACCCCGACAAAUUAAAGCUGACUGUUUACUUUAGGGGGUUUACUUCAUGAUACUGUUCCCUCACCUUCUGCUGCAGGUACACAUAUGGGAAGCUCGUUCAUGGGAAAGUAGAUCUACAUGUAACUCGAGACACAUCAUUUUACUUUUUUUAUGAUACGCCAGUGAGACAACUCGAUGCAAUUCAAAUGCACUACACAGGCCAGGUAAGCUAACUGAAGGGCUGAGACAAGGGGCUAUACUCCUGCCCUGAAAUGCCAUUCUGCUGCCCUUGGCUCUAAAAUGAAAGUCCUUAACCAGCUGCCUUUGCCUCCAAAUAUAAUUUUUCAUCUCUGUUUCCUCAGACAGACAAGAAUGGUUAUGUUUCUUUCACAAUUAAUGCAACCGAUUUAAAGCUGCCUGAGAGAGGCUAUACGGAUUUUGUUCAGCUUUCUGCGGAAUUUGAAGAAGAAGGAACAGGUACAGAAAUGGGGAAAUAGAGGUUUUGAUGUUUAGUAACCUUCCUUUGGGAUGCGGGUGGCGCUGUGGGUUAAACCACAGAGCCUAGGACUUGCCAAUCAGAAGGUUGGCAGUUCGAAUCCCCGCGACGGGGUGAGCUCCUGUUGCUCGGUCCCAGCUCCUGCCAACCUAGCAGUUUGAAAGCGCAUCAAAGUGCAAGUAGAUAAAUAGGUACCGCUCCGGCAGGAAGAUGCAGCGGCGGCGGGAAGCCCCAUUAGCUAAAGCGGUACCUCAGGUUAAGAACAGUUUCAGGUUAAGAACAGACCUCCAGAACGAAUUAAGUUCUUAACCCAAGGUACCACUGUAUUUGAAGAUGGCCAUCAUAUCUCCUCUCAGUCUCCUCCUGCAAGAACAGUGACAGUAAGGUCACUGUUGUUUCUCUCUCCUACAAUUUUUACCCGUAUACUGUCAAACUGCUUUUCAUGCUCCAGGCCAUAGAUUUCUUCACAAGUGUACAUAUCCUUUAUAUACAAUGCUGCUACUCCUCCCUGGUGUGUGUGUGUGUGUGUGUGUGUGUGUGUGUGUGUGUGUGACACACUUCCCACAGCUGCGCUGAGUCCGGAUGUCACCUCUCUUUUUCAGGAGUGAAAGUCGCAGGAACCGGUGGCUUCUCUGUUGUCGCCAGAGUAGCAAACGUGCAGUUCCUAAAUCUCAAUCCAUUCUAUAAGCAUGGAUUUCCAUACACUGGAAAGGUGAGGUCCUAAAUACAGCUUUGCCCAAUCUCUCUCUCUCAGCCAGACAGCUGAUGAGACAGCUCAGUCGCGUAAAAUAGCUCAAUAUCUGAUUGGAAGGUUGGGGAGAGGAUGUUUUUAAAGGUGAUGCUCAAGGUUUGAAGAGUGGGGGCAGCAAAGAGAUAAGGAAAUAAACAAAUAUUUCAGCUGGGAGGGUGUCCAGCGAGGUUUAAAUGCUAAUUUCUAUAUUCAAGCUUACAUGACCAAAAGCCAUGUAUUUUAGGAGCAUUUGUCAGAUGUAAAUUAUAGAAAAUGUUCUGAACUAAGACCACUCUUUUGUUUCUGUGAAGAGAUUUGUGCCUUUGGUGUGCAUGCAUACCUAGUUCAUAGACCCUCCUAGUGUGCAAAAAUCUCUCUGCUUGGAGGUCACCCUCACUGAGUUAAAUGGGACUGACGUCCCGGAAACAGCAUACAGGACUGCAGACUUAAUCAUAUAUUAAAUUCAACUUUACUUGAAAGAGCCUCUUUCAACAAAUUAUUUUUAUAUUUCGUGCAAUUUAAGAAAGAGGAAAGUUGUUUCAGUAAAUCCAGUUACUUCUUAUAGCCCACCUAAUUGCCAUCAGAGGAGACUAACAUGGCAUUAAUUCCCAGUUUGUUCUUGCAGAUGAAAUGCACCAUCAACGACGUACCCUUCAAGAAUGAGACGGUCUAUCUUACUGUCGAUGUCAAUGACGUGGAGACAAACCUUCCUUACCGCACAGAUGAGAAUGGCGAAGUUGCUUUCUCCUUGGACACAACAGAAUGGAAAGAUACGGUUUCUCUACGGGUGAGUCAUGAGCAUAUUGGCAAAGGAGCAGCAUUGUAGUGGCAAAUUCAGAAGCGCAGAGCCACACCCUUUCACAGCUUUGCCCCUUCUAAAUUUGUAAGUUUGUGGUUUUCUUAAGAUGUUUAGCAUGGAUUGGGGUGUUAUCAUGGUUGGUUUGUAUCCAAGCUCUGUUACCUUAUUAUGGGUGUGUGUGUGGGUGUGGGUGUGGGUGUGUGGGUGUGUAUGAAAAAUUAUUUUGUUGUUGUUGUUGCUAGCAGCGUAUAAUUUGAAAUAACAAAUAAAGGGCUUCUUUUGUUCCUUUUCACUUUUGCUUAUUUAUCCUAUGCAAGUGCCUGCUGGAACUUUUGCAAAUGAGCCUUAAUACACUUUCCUUUUAUCAUUAACCUAUGUCAUCAUUGACAACUCAUCAGUACAAUUAACUUUCCAAUUUCUUUUGUAUUUUAACCUCUGACGUGCAUCUGGUUCUUUCAGUCACCAACCAAAAACCUUUGACCUAUUGUUUGUUUCUGACGCCUCCUGUCCCUUUUUGCUUUCUAGGGCAGGUACACUAUUUUAAAGCAGACUGAGCCCAUUUCCUUUGACUUCCUGGAGACAAUACGGAAUGAAGCUUUCGUAUGGCUGAUGCCCUUCUACUCAGAAAGCAACAGUUUCCUCGAGAUCCAGCAUGUGGAGGAAGAGCUGCCCUGUGGAAAAGACCAGGAAGUGCUGGUGGAUUACAUCCUUGAUCGGAAAGAGCUGGGCCCGGAAGCCGACCACGUAGAUUUCUAUUACUUGGUGAGUGUCUAGCAAUUGGUGGAAACGCCUGGAGCAAUAUGAGAAAGAGAAGCAAAUGCUGUACGGGGGGGGGGGAGGGAAAGAAAAAAAGGAAGAAGAAGAAGAAAAAUGCAAGCUUGAAGAAGAGACAAUAUUAAAGAAGGUGGGAAAGAAUCUCAGCAGAGAGAGAGAAAACAGAAGACUAACAGGAAAACUGUGGGAAUGUUCAGGGAUGCAGGAGAGGAUAUAUUGUUUGAUUAUAUCCUUUCCAACUUGUGUUAACAAUUUCUACAAUUUAGCAGAGUAACAUUCCCCCUUUUAAACUUGCACAGCGGAUGCGUUUGCUCAGACUUGCUAAAGCUUCUGAAAUAACUAUCCUUGGUAAUUUCCCCUUUAGUCCCUCAUAAAAAGAUAGACACGACACAAUCUUCUAUAAAAGUAUAAAAAGAGUUUACUCACUCACUCAUUCUGUUCACAGAUGGAUCCCAGAAGGCAGACUUAAGUUACAAAAGUAAUAUACCUGGAAUCUAUCCCAUAAAGAGACAGCUCCUUUGUCCUCUCUUGGCUGGAAGCCAAGAGAGCACCUUAGGAUAAGCAGAUGUUGCUUCUUCGACGAAUGUAGUCAGAGAGAUGGCAGCCUCCGCUGAGGUAUUUUUUUACCUGCAUAGGUGAGGCCAUGCCCACCUCUGGUCACAUGUAGAGGAAGUCUGUCCCAGCCUAGGAGGAAACAGGAAGUUCCAACUGGCUGGUCCAGACUUCCCCUUUUUAUGUCCACUCUAGGGAUGUUGUACUUGACUGCUCUUGUGUUUCACAUCCCACAAAAACUGCUAAAAAGAGCUUUUCCUCAAGCAGAGAUUUUUCUCAGACUUAUGUUGAUGGGGCACUUUGCCACUAAUAAUGACCUGAAAGAAGUAGAAAACUUGGGGAGGGGCAGAAAUAAGACAUCCUCUUUACUGCACAUUCAUGACCAUUUAUGCUCAUGAUCCUAUUUGGGCGGCUGCAAGCAAUCCCAUUUCCAAUACUGUUUGCACUUGCAAAAGUUUUGGGGUAGUCACACCACUUCACUUCCAAUCAGUGCACAUCCUGUAACUUCCUGCUGAAACCCCGUAACUUUAUAUACCACCAGUGUUCGGGUUUAUGUUUGUUCUUUUGCUGUGCUAUAGCCCCUCCAGACAGCAAUAAUGUGGAAGCAUUGCAGAACAAACUAAACAGAAUAAAUCCACCAUCCUUAACACACCAUUACUGUGUCAAGAACACACUGAGGAAUACACCCCCAAUAAAAUACUACUGGGCUGGAGUGGCCCUUGAUUUGCAUCAGAUUGAAUAUCAUGUGUAAGGGAUGUGGGUGGCGCUGUGGGUUAAACCACAGAGCCUAGGACUUGCCGAUCAGAAGGUCAGUGGUUUGAAUCCCCGUGACGGGAUGAGCUCCCAUUGCUCUGUCCCUGCUCCUGCCAACCUAGCAAUUCGAAAGCACGUCAAAGUGCAAGUAGAUAAAUAGGUAUCGCUCCAGCGGGAAGGUAAACGGCAUUUCUGUGCGCUGCUCUGGUUCGCCAGAAGCGGCUUAGUCAUGCUGGCCACAUGACCCGGAAGCUGUACACCGGCUCCCUCGGCUAAUAUAGCAAGAUGAGCACCGCAACCCCAGAGUCGGCCACGACUGGACCUAAUGGUCAGGGGUCUGUUUACCUUUACCUUUAAUAUCAUGUGUGAAGUUUAAACCUGCAUAUAUUUUCCAGAACAUCCAAAUAUGAAAGUGUCAAGUGUCAAGUGCCAUAAGUGCUGUGUGUAUGUGUGUGUGUUAGGGAGGGGCAGACAGGUACGAUUAAGGGGAAGUGGGCAAGGUUUGAUGCCACUAACCUGAGGUUAAAUUAAAUGGUAAAAGAGAGAUCUAAGAGCAGGGGUCGGCAACCUGCUGCCCAUGGGCCACAAGCGGCCCACGGGGGUCAUUUAAACAGCCCACGAGCUGCCCCUGAACCAAGCCGCCCGCUCGACGAGUCCCUGCGUGCUGUGCUAAACCAGUGCAGUGCAGAGUGGGGACUCGCUUCCCCGGCGCUGGAAAUUGCGUCUGCGCAGAUGCGAUCCAGCCCCCGGAGCGAUCUCUGCGGGAGUGAAGCGGCCCAGGUGAGGUAAACCUUGCUGACCCCUGUCUAAGAGUAUUUGUUGUGGUUACUUUUUUAAACAUUGUAAGGCUGAUAUCAGUGUUAUCAGUAUAAUAUGAACAGGCCCGUUGCUUUUCAGAAGCAAAGGCAUUUUGCUCUUAGCACGCACACCUAGUAUAUAGGGGUUUCAAAAUCACAAUAACAAGAAACAGGGAGCUUGCCAGACACAGAGAUGCUGCCGAGGAAAAAGCUCGUGUGACCAUCCCAGGUCAGCUCUGUUCUCUCCUCCAGACCCAGUUGAUUCCUGUCAGCAUUCAUCUUCUGUCCUCUGGGUCUUGCUACAACUCUCUUACUUCUUCCUUGACUACCUCACUUCCAUCUAAGCUCUGCAGGGGCGCUUCAGAAAUAACAUUGUGUGUGCUCUGAAAGCAAUAAAAUAGAAUGAAUGCCAUUCAUGGUGUGGAAAGGGUGUGUGUCAGGACUAAGGCGCUGGGACAGAGGUUUCCCCAAUCAGUGCACCGUUCUCCCAAUUAGCAUUUUUCUUCUUCCACAGCUGCAUUUGCCAUACUGGUGAAAAUAUAUAGUUAUCAGUAUUCCCUGCCUCUCUGAUCUGGUGCUCUCCUCCUCCUCCUCCUCUUCUUAGAAAAUUGGGAGAUCCUGAUCCCAUAUCUCCUGGGCUACAAGUAAUUUGGCCCUCGGGUGUUCUCUCUAAAAAUGCAUUGUGUGAAUAAGACAAAUGUCUUUUCAGACACCUAUAUCAGACACGCAACUGCCAUAGUAUCUGUACUGUGACCGCAUAUUUCUCUCCCUCAGAACUCAAGAUAUCUCAAAAUCUCACUGCUAGUCUAUGGUCUUCCUACAGCAAAAUACAUGACUCUAGUCUUUCCCUGUCUCACUCCCCUCUCCCUUUUUCUGUAUCUCUAGUGCCAAAGAGGUGAGGGCUGGCUCUUGCUUUUGUCCCUGGCCUAACAUAUUGUCUCCCUGCAGAUUGUGUCCAAAGGGAAGAUUGCCUUCAGUGGAAAGAAGCAGGUGCCAAUUGGCCAGGAUGAGAGUAAGUGGGAGAACUAUGCUGUUCCAUCAAAUAAGCCUCAUGGGAAGCACAAUGCGUUAUCAAGAUGAACAUGCUUGGUGCGCCUGAUCUGCCUGGUCUGGUGUUUCUUUCAGUUAUUAUUUAUUCAAUUUCAAACCCACCUUUCAAACAGGCCAUUUCAGAUCUGCAAGGCAACCUAUGAUAAGAGCAGAAUAAAAUAAUAACACCAUGCUAAAAAUACUAUAAAAUUUCAAAUUAAGGUAUCAUAUCAGAAACAGUCAUUGCCAGCAGCAUGAGAUCUAGUAAAACAAUAGCACAAAACAUAGAGUUGAUGUCUGAACUGAGUCCUAAUGUUAUGCUUUCUUCUUUGGCCCAUUACAAUUAUACACCAGAAGAUCUGAACUGACAUGAAAAAUCCCAAAUAAUCUCCCUAUUUUAAUUGUCCCUCCGUAUGUGUGUGUUUACAUAUCAUAAAUAGGUACGACUGUCAUCACGCAGCAGUUUGCUUGGCUUCCAAUAGGUGGCAUUGCAAACUGCAGUGUGAUCACAGCCUUCUGAAAGCUGCUGAGCGAUCUUAGCAGCUUUGGAGUAUGAGAAGAGAAACAGAGGCGGGAGACAGAAGUGGGCAUUCCAGGGGCGCUGGAAUAGCUCUAAAGGUAAUAGGAAGGGGUGGUUUGGCAAGUUCUCAGGAGAGGGGGUGGGUGGAUUUUGCAAGGUAUAGAGGAGGGGUUGGUAGUUUUGGGGUUGUGUGAGGAGAGGAAGUGUGUUUGGCAAGGUGUAAGAGGCAGUAGGUUUGGUGAGAGGGUUGGGCUUUGGUGCAGAGUUGGUGAGUGAAGCGACACAAGCAGGGGUGCAGCCCCAGCUUGGAGAGCAUGUACAGUGCUAGACAUAACUUCCUGACACUGAGCAGAAUUAAACCUUAGGAGCGAUUCCUGAGGCUUUUCACUUGGCAAAGAUCUCAUUCUAAAGGUUUUGUUUUUAAGCAGUUGUGGGUUAAACCACAGAGCCUAGGACUUGCCAAUCAGAAGGUCAGCGGUUCGAAUCCCUGCUCCUGCCAACCUAGCAGUUCAAAAGCACGUCAAAGUGCAAGUAGAUAAAUAGGUACCACUCCGGCGGGAAGGUAAACGGUGUUUCUGUGCGCUGCUCUGGUUUGCCAGAAGCAGCUUAGUCAUGCUGGCCACAUGACCCGGAAGCUGUACACUGGCCCCCUCGGCCAAUAAAGCAAUAUGAGCACCGCAACCCCAGAGUCGAUCACGACUGGACCUAAUGGUCAGGGGUCCCUUUACCUUUACUAUCAGAUCGACAGUCAGUGUCUUCAGGUAAGGUGAAUUACCAAAGUGGACUGCUAGGCGGACCUAAACAGAUGGAAACGGGUUUAUUUUAGAACUCACCACGUGGUGCAGAACGGAAUCUCUUCUUGGCAAUAAACCAGUUAUUAGGUUGAAGACAUGAGGGUUGGAAUACUCCUGCAAUGCGCUGGUGGGCUGGCUGCGUUUGGGGUGGGUCUCCUUGAUUUUCUUAGCUUUACCACCAUCUGGCAGAAGUGAGAUUCACAGGGAUGUUUUUUCUCAUGCUGUAAGACAUGGUUGCUCUACUUCUCUUUCCUUUCCCACCAUUCUCCCUUCCCCCUGACCCAGCUCUGAAAGGAACCUUCUCCCUCACCUUGUCUACGAGCUCUGACCUGGCUCCCACAGUCAGACUUCUUCUGUACGCUGUGUUUCUGGAUGGCGAGGUGGCGGCUGACGUGGAUAAUUUCAGAAUAGAGAAGUGCUUCAAACACAAGGUUAGUACAUAUAGUUCCUGGGACAGCAAAGUGGCACACAGGGCAAGAAGGGAGCACAUAUUAUGCAUAUAGAUUCAGGUAGGUAGCCGUGUUGGUCUGACGCAGUCAAAAUAUAUUUUUAAAAAUUAAAAAAUUGUCCAGUAACACCUUAGGGACCAACUAAGUUUGUUCUUUGUAUAAGCUUUCAUGUGCAUGCACACUUCUUCAGAUGCCAAGGACAAACUUAAUUGGUCUCUAAGGUGCUACUGAUCAAUUUUUUAUUUAUAUAUAUAUAUAUUAUGCAUAUGUGUGGCUCAAGGCAGAUGGGCUGAAAGUUCUGUGAUCGAGCCAUCACUCUCCAUAUUUGCACCCAUUUUGCUUUCUCACUAGGAUGGUUUAAAUCACACACACACAUUGGCAAGCAUUAAAAUAGUGCGUGACGUACAGUGGUGUAGCAUGGGGAGCAUGGCUAUACUGUAGUGCUUUGCUAGUCCUGCUCAGCGUGACCUGAGCAUUGUCCAUCGCUGUGGCUGGAGAGAGCAGGGUAAGAUGGGGGAAAGGGCAGGAGAGUCCCAGGAGCCGCAAACUCAGCUGCCGCCACCUUCUCUCCAGUCCACUCCAGUGUGGUGUAGUGGUUAAGAGCGGUAAACUCGUAACCUGAUGAACCGGGUUCGCAUCUCCGCUCCUCCACAUACAGCUGCUGGGUGACCUUGGGCUAGUCACACUUCUCUGAAGUCUCUCAGCCCCACUCACCUCACAGAGUGUUUGUUGUGGGGGAGGAAGGGAAAGGAGAAUGUGAGCCACUUUGAGACGCCUUCAGGUAGUGAUAAAGCGGGAUAUCAAAUCCAAACUCUUCUCUUCUUAUCCUCUUCCACUCCUAUCCUUGACUAGCUCCAUUCUGGCCAACAAUUGGCCACUUCUGUUGCUCUGCCUCUAUUGUUAGCUCAUUCUCUGAGCAUCCAGCUACUGCUUUGCCACUGUAAGAAAGAAGGAAAGGAAUACACUGGGGUGGUGUUUGCAAGGUGGAUUCCAAAUAGGAAAUGCACAGAGUUCUAUGGGAUGCAGCGUUUAAAAAUAAAGCAAUCAAUGUAUGUGGAACAAUCCAGCAGUACACUGGAGCAUUGUUUUAUGUACAGUGGUACCUCAGGUUAAGUACUUAAUUCGUUCCGGAGGUCCGUACUUAACCUGAAACUGUUCUUAACCUGAAGCACCACUUUAGCUAAUGGGGCCUCCCGCUGCUGCUGCGCCGCUGGAACACGAUUUCUGUUCUCAUCCUGAAGCAAAGUUCUUAACCUGAAGCACUAUUUCUGGGUUAGCGGAGUCUGUAACCUGAAGCGUAUGUAACCCAAGGUACCACUGUAUUUUAAGCACUGACAAAAUGAACAAGGAUUGUUCCGCACUUCGGUUCCCAGACAUGGUAAAACUUACAAUCUCUGGAUUAACUUCACACACACACACACACACAUAUUAACUUCACACACACACACACACACACACACACACACACUUCCUAAAUUAAGUACAGCCAUACCUUGGUUUUCGAACAGCUUAGUUCUCGAACGUUUUGGCUCCCCAACGUCGCAAACCCAAAAGUGACUGUUCCGGUUGGCGAACUAUUUUUGGAAGCCGAACAUCCAAUGGGGCUUCUGUGGCUUCCGAUUCGCUGCAGGAGCUUCCUGCAGCCAAUCAGAAGCCACACUUUGGUUUUUGAACGUUUUGGAAGUCGAACGGACUUCCGGAAUGGAUUCCAUUUGACUUCCAAGAUAUGACUGUAAUGCUGUUGAUCAUGGUUAGGCUGGGUUUCACUGGAGUUGAAGACGUAGGGUAACACAUAAUCGCCAGCAACGUUACAGAUCACCCCUCUGAAAUAAUAGUGUGUUUCACACCUGAAUAAAUAAAUUUUAAAUCUUUAAAAGUAAAAGUAAAAAAAAACCUAGAUGACGUGACAAUAGUGGGGAAACAUAAAUGCAAAGGAAUGCAGUGUUCACAGUAAACAUCAUCUAGAUCGGUCAGUGCAACCUGCUGCCCUCCAAAUGCCUGGGGCUGAUGUGAGCUGUAGUCAAAAACAUCUGGAAGGAGGGCACCAGGCUGAUCUAGAUUCUAUAUAAAAACUGAGUGAAUGAGAGGAGAAAAAUAGUAGUCUUCCCUCUGCACCUUUUCUCUCUUUGGUGUUCUAAAUUAUUGCUUUCCAGUUCAGGUUUUCCAUCUGAUAAUCUGUCUCCAUCUACAGGUGACUCUGGGCUUCUCUGAGACAGAGGAACUUCCAGGGGCAAAGGUCAACCUGCAAAUCGAAGCUGCCCCUGGCGCACUGUGCUCUCUCCGUGCUGUGGACAAAAGCGUCGCGCUGAAGGGAAAUGCAACACUGACCCCAGAGGAAGUAAGAGAGCUCAUCCUUCCCACUUAGGCUCAAUCAAUUCCACUAUUAUUGCCUCUGAUAAGGCCUGAUAAGUUUUGAUGGAUGCAAUAAUGGAAUACUAAACGGUUUAGUUUUUGUAAACUGUGCAGGGAUUUAUGAUAUGCAAAAUGAUCAAUAGAAAGAGAAGAAGGGAAGUCAUUAAUAUUUUAAGAUUGUUUAAAUGAGUUUUUUAAAUUGUAAAACAGAAAUUUAUUAAAAAUUACAUUUUUUAAAAAUAAUAAUAAUUCUAAUUCCAGUAUUAUUCCUCCUCUACCAUUGACCUAAAAAAAGAGGCAGGCUACAUUAUAGUACAGGAAGAACACUUGUCAACUCAAAUACAAUUUUGUGGAGAUAAGUACCUCUGUAGUUAAUAGGGGUACCAGAAUGAAUAUAAACACAGCAGAUACCACAUCUUAAUCCCAAGAAUGAAAUUAAAUGGGCGUGACCUGGAGUAAGAUGGAAUGAAAUUCAAGGUUAUGCAUUUUGGGAUAAAAAAUGUUCAUAUCAACUGUGGGACUUGUUAACUGGUCAGCUCAAACUCAAUCCAGAAAUCUCUGCUUUCAGGUGUAUCAACAUAUUGAGUCUAGUCUGACUGGCUCCAGAGGGUUUUACUUUGACCUGGAAGACUUUGAGCCAUAUCCUUGUCUACCUUCUGAGCAUCUAAAGACAAAACGGUCCAUUAUGGCCCCCUGGUUCCAAACCCAGGCCGAUGCCUACAGCCUGUUCAAAGUGAGUACCAUCUGUUCCUAAUCCAGUCUUCUCUGAAACCUUCUUUGUUUUGGGUUGUCAAUGGCAUACAUUGUGAUGGUUCCCAGGAUCAUUAAAUAAGGAGGAGCUUCCAAGGUUUGUCCUGUGAUUUACAGCUCAUGGUUUUUCUGGGACUGUUAAACUACGAGCCCAGAUUCAGAUGACACACUAAACCAAUCUAUAGAUAAGCUCAGCGCAACAACAACUGAGGAGCAAAGAGAACUCAGUGAGUCAGGAACUCUCUAAAGCUUGCAUUUUGCAGGUAUGUCAUAUAAUCUGGAUGCCAUAUAAUUGUAACAGAGACGGAGAUGGUUGAGGCUAACGCAUCAUCUUGUCAUGUUGCUUGAAAGCAUGUUGUUUGUCAUGCUUUCUGCUUGUGCAUGCUGAGAAUGUAGAUAGUUUCCUUGAAGGGAUGAAGCCUACCAGCUGAUCCUUGCCCUUCUUGGCUAGUGAAAUCUGCCAGAACUGGGCAGGGAUGUGAACUUCAGAAGUCCUCCUGAAGACUUAUUUCCAGUCUGGCUUCAGACUCAGUUUUGGAACUGAAAAGGAUUUUUCCUGCUUCUCUUGGAUCUUUCAGCAACUUUCAGUACUAUCAACCAUGGUAUCCUUCUGGACCACUUGUCCAGUCUACAGCAGCUCCAGUUCUUCUUGGAGAAUUGGUCUCAGAAAAUGGCACUGGGGGAUUUCCAUUCCAAUGGGAUUUCUUGGGGUUCUGUUCUAUUGCCCAAGCUUAUCAGUAUCCACAUGAGAAGUCAUUUGGAGGUUUGGGCUGAAGUGUCAUUAAUAUGUAGAUGGAACCCAGUUUCCACCUGAUUGUCCCAGGAGGGCUGUUGAAAUUAUGAAUCAGUGUUUGGAGACUGUACAAGGUUGGAAAAGCGUAAACAAUUGGAACUUAGUCUUGACGAGACUAAGGUGCUGUUGGUGCUACUUGGGAAAGCUUAUAUGAUGGUGUUGGGCAGGGAUGCCUUAUUACCAGCGUCAUCUGUUAUGCUAGCUGUAACCCUAUUUGGAGAGCACCAAAUUUACAAUUGUUGUCCAUGCACUAGUGACUUCCAGGCUAGACAAGUGCAGUGCACUCUUAUUUUGAAGAUGGUUUAGAAACCUCAACUAUGGCAGAAUGCAACCGCCUGACUACUAGUUAAGGCUGAGUGGCUGAAUAUUGUGCCACUAAGGCAGGGGUAGGCAACCUAAGGCCUGUGAGCCGGAUGUGGCCCAAUCGCCUUCUCAAUCCGGCCCACGGAUCAGCGUGUUUUUACAUGAGUUUUUACAUGAAUAGAAUGUGUCCUUUUAUUUAAAAUCUAUCUCUGGGUUAUUUGUGAGGCCUGCCUGGUGUUUUUACAUGAGCAGAAUGUGUGCUUUUAUUUAAAAUGCAUCUCUGGGUUAUUUGUGGGGCAUAGGAAUUCGUUCAUUUCCCCCCCAAAAAUAUAGUCUGGCCCACCACAUGGUCUGAGGGACGGUGGACUGGCCCACGGCUAAAAAAGGUUGCUGACCCCUGCACUAAGGCAUUUCCAGGCCAAGUUCAAAGUCCUGGUUAUAACCUUAAAACCCAUUAAUGGUUGAGGACCAGGUUCUCUUAAGGACUGCCUGCACCCGUUACAAUCUGCCCAUACUUUAAGAUCCUAUUUGGAGAUUUCUUGAGUUGCCAGUCUGUGCAAAUAAUUAGGCUGAUGGACACACACAACAGGGCCUUUUCAGAAGUGGCUCCACAAUUAUGGAAUAUGUUUCUAAGUGAGAUCAGGCAAGCAUUAAUGACCCUUUUUAUCAUGAAUUUGGGAAGCUAAUCUGGAUUAUCAGUGGUGGCUGUUGUGGUGAUGGCUGACGCACCAGACCAUAAGGCGCACCUAGUUUUUGGAGGAGGAAAACAAGAAAAAAAAAUAUUCUGAAUCUCAGAAGCCAGAACAAGAGGGAUCGCUGCGCAGCGAAAGCAGCAAUCCCUCUUGCUGUUCUGGCUUCUGGGAUAGCUGCGCAGCCCGCAUUCAUUCCAUAAGACACACACACACAUUUCCCCUUACUUUUUAGGAGGGAAAAAGUGAGUCUUAUAGAGCAAAAAAUACGGUAUUUUGUUGGUUUGUAUGUUCGCAGGAUAGAACUGGAUGUUUUAAUUUUUCAACUGCCUUUCCUGUUGGAUUUUAUGAAUUUGAGAGGCAGCUUGCCUGAAAAGUGGUCUAUAGGCCAUUCAAAUAUAAAUAAAUAAAUAAAUAGUGUUCCACAAAGAACAAGGGGGGGGGGACAUGAUACAAUGCACAUGAAGUGGGAAGCAUAACACACCAGUGUGUUUCUGUGAAAUGUGUGCCUGUGUGUGCCUAUAAAUCUGGAGCUACAUUUUGUAAUCUUAAAAGAGGAGUGGGCUUCUGUUUUGUGGUCUAUAUGUGCAUUCUUGUAACGUGGGAAUAUAAAGUAGUGACCUAAAAAUGUCAAUUUCAGAGUCUUCAGAGAAAUCGUUUUCCUUGAGGCAAAGAUAUGAAGCCAACAGGGCCAAAAAUAUUGCCUAGCUGAUCUUGAUGAGAGCCAAAUGAGCUUUCAGAUAAACCUCAUCUCCUCCUCUAUUUCCCUUGAUUGACACCUGAGCAGAGAUUAAUGUUGUAACACAACGUAAUAUGCAGCGUGUGAGUCUCAAAUCAUUUCUGUGGAAUUGUGGGUCAAACCUUGUACACAUCCAUUAUUGGAACGCAGAGCAUUUUGCAAUGAUUUCCCUGCCAGAGAUUCAAAUGACCUUGCCUCAUAGAAUUUUUCUUUCAUUUCAUGUUGCUCUCAUAUGCCAUCCCUCACUUUUCUCUUUGAUUUUUACAGCAAUUAAAUAUGAAAGUUAUAACCAACACCAAAAUUAAGAAGCCAGUGUCCUGUGGAUUGCCAGGAAUGACACCUGUUCGCUAUGGCUUAGGUGAGAAUCACAAUCAUAAUUUGACAGUUUCUCAACUGGAGCCUCCCUUUGGCAGGGUGGGAUAUAACAAGACUCAUCCUUUUUAUCUACCUUUCCUUUUAUUGAACCCUUGGCUAGAGACAGAUCAUGCUUUUAAAGAGCUGUAUAAGUUUUUGAAGCAUUGCAGAAGCGCAAGCAUGCAAAAUUUGUGAACAGAAAUAAUCAUGGGAGGAAUUUGCAAAUAUUUAUCAUGGGAAAUGAUUGCCCUAUUAUAUUACCUUCAGAUUCCAGGAUGGGGUGGAUUUCCAUUCCCAGUUCUCUCCUGCUUGACCGUCUUUGAUUUCUGCUUCUUUGAUUUCUGCAAAGGAGUAGGACUAGGUGGCACUGCACCGGGUGCGCCUAAUGUUGCUUCCAGGAGUGAAGUGGUACCUGAGGCUUUUUCUUCGGUCCCUGGGAAAGCAGAGGAAGCCAAACCGAGGACGUACUUUCCAGAGACUUGGGUUUGGGCUCUGGUCCCUGUCAAGUAAGUAAAACUCUGCUGGGGCGGGAACCAAAUGCCAUGUAGGAACAAGAAGUAUCUUGCUUGGCCAUCACUCAUUUAGCGCUCACCUUUUGCUCCAUGCUUCCCAGGCACAGACCCACAAUCUAAAGUUCCUUGUACAAGCCUUUGCUUUUGUUUGGUUUUGUUGCUCUGGAGCUUUUUUCACCAAAAACUUGGUCUUUAAAGUUGAAGUGCAACAAACAUCUAUUUAGGUUUUCUGAGGCUUGAUGUUUGCUCCGAUUUGACAUUUUGCUCUUCUUCUUCUUCCACUCAGCUGGCAUUAUCUUAAGGCUGUAUUUUGUAUUGUACAUUGGCGUUUUAUAUAAUAAUUUCAAAAAUGCAUCUUUCUAAUGUUUCUCUGAAACCCUGCCCAGUGCCAGAAGUUUAUGCUUAUAUCACUUACGAACCAGAGGUGAGCAUUUGUAAUUUUGUGGGGCUCGAAUGGUGUCAUUAUACUGCUCAUUAUCAUGCAGUAUAUACUUGCUCUACGGGAGCACAGGGGGCGGGGGGGGGGAACUCUAGUAAAGUGGAAAAUUCCACAUAAAUAGGCAACUGUUCUGUUCUUCCCACUGAUUGCAAGUUUGUACCAACAGCGGGGGGGACGUGGGUGGCGCUGUGGGUUAAACCACAGAGCCUAGGGCUUGCCGAUCAGAAGGUCGGCGGUUUGAAUCCCCGCGAUGGGGUGAGCUCCCGUUGCUCGGUCCCUGCUCCUGCCAACCUAGCAGUUCGAAAGCAUGUCAAAGUGCAAGGAGAUGAAUAGGCACCGCUCCAGCAGGAAGAUAAACGGCGUUUCCAUGCGCUGCUCUGGUUCACCAGAAGUGGCUUAGUCAUGCUGGCCACAUGACCCGGAAGCUGCACGCCGGCUCCCUCGGCCAAUAAAGUGAGAUGAGCUCCGCAACCCCAGAGUUGGCCAUGACUGGACCUAAUGGUCAGGGGUCCCUUUACCUUUACCUUUACCAACAGCAGGAGUGCAGACCUCUCUGUAAUAUAUCCUGAAGAAGGUUUCUCUUUUCUUGAGGCCCACAACAUUUUCACAAACACCAGUGGCAGAGAGUAUAAACUCCUAUACUGCCAUCUCCAAAUUCCUCUGUUCUGACUGAGACCUAGCACAGAACUAGAGGCUUGGUUAAACUCAUACUCGGAGGUGUGCUCCUCUGACCUGAUAAACUUAUAUUCUGGUGAUAUUGGUUUUGCCUUAGCAGUGAACAACUCAAUUUUCUUGUCACUGAGGGAGUGACCUCUCUUCCUGUUCUUCAGCGAGGAGGGGAAAGCAACUUACCCAGUCACCGCUCCAGACACGAUCACGGAGUGGAACGCUGAUGCCUUCUGUGUGGCCGACAUUGGCUUCGGACUCGCCCAGCAAGCCAGGUUCCGGGUCUUCCAGCCAUUUUUUGUGGAUAUGACCCUGCCGUAUUCUGUGGUCCGUGGGGAGACCUUGCUGCUAAAGUCCACUGUCUUCAAUUACAUGAAGGAAUGUAUCCAGGUUAGUGACCAUUGAGAACAAGCAAACAAGCUUCCCUUAUAUGUGUAUCCAGAAAGAAAGGGAUGGGGGGAACCCCACAAGAUAGAGAUGGAGGCUGGGGGGCUGGACUUCACCAGGGCCUUGCCCUUCCUACACCUGCACUCACCUGUCUCUCCCAAGGGACGGGUCAGAAUUUUUCCCUCCUCCCCCCACCACUCUGCAUUCAGUGUUGAGGGGACAGCUUGCAUUUCUUGCUGUGGGUGAGGAAACAGAAGCUCCACUUUGGAUGUGCCACAGAAGUGUGGACAACAGGAAGCGCAAGGCAGCCCCAUCCCCUUCAUGGCAGAAGAGGUCCAUAGAGCACAUUCCCUCCUGGGAACCUGCAGUUUUCCUCCCACAGCAACCCCUGAGUGUGCUUUAAAUGUGUGGUGUGUGCACAGCCCCAUAUGCAACACAGCCUUAUUGCUGCAAGAGACCAGAAGAGGCCAGAAAGCCACCCAGUCCGAUCUGCUGCCAAGGCCUAGGGAUGCCCAUCUGCUGCCCCCUUCCUCUUCCCCACAGCCGCAAUUCAGGCCACCAGCUGAAGAGCUUCAUGAAGGGCUCACAGAACAACAGCCAUGAGGGGUUUGUGUGAGGAAGCCAAGCCACCCACUCGAAUCCCAAAGGUUUUUGAUUAGAGGCCUUCCUGUAAACUUUGUUGAGUGAAUAAAUCUCGCCAGUCUGAUCUGGGGUGGCAUUCCUCACAUGUUAAUAUGGUACCCCCAAAAAUCAAGGAGACCCCACUCACUGAGGUCUUACUGGAAACAGUCUACGCCCUACUCAGCUUCCCAGUGUGGGAAUGUGCACCCUAGGCAUGGGGGUCUGGAUCUCACUCCUAGCAUAGGGCCACCUCCUGUGCUGCCCGUGCCUCUUCUCUGAAUUCUUGCCUUGGAUUCGCUGCUCUGCCUGCCUCUCUGCCUCUCUUCACGAGGGUCAUUUUGCUGCAUCUCCCAGGUGAGAGUGAAGCUGCUGGAGUCGCAGGAGGUGGACGUGAAGCCAUGCCCGGCCUGCCAGUUCAGCACCUGCCUCUGUGCUGAGGAGGCCCACACCUUCUCCUGGAACGUGACGGCGACUCAGCUGGGUGAGGUUGAGGCGCCUGAGUGGGUGGGAGGAGACUUGUGGGGUUGAGGCUGCCAAGGGUCCCUCUCUUUCUUCCCCAAAGACCUUGUCAUCUGAGGACACUUGGCAGAACCAACGGAUUCUUCUGUUUGGAAGCCAAGCAGGCAUUAAGUGGAAUAUGGAAAGUAAUAACAAUGCCCCCUGCUGCAUGUGCUAUGGGUUUGUUUCCUCUCCAUCCCAGAUGGUGUCCCUCCCCAAUUUCUGCUAAUGGCAGCUGUGCAUCAGGGCAGAUUUGGGGACUGGGCUACAAAGGAGAGGUUGGGGGUCCGUCUCCAUUCAAGAACCCCCUAUGCUCCGACUUCUGUCCCUUACAUCUGUCUCCAGACUGAAGGCAUGGUGGACAUGUUGGCGGAUGUGGGGCUGGACUGGGGCUCUGGCCUCCAAGCAGCCUCUUCCCCUCCCUGAGCUCCUGGCACUCAUCAUGGGUCUGUGCCAAUUUUGCCUUCCUCUAGGGCACGUCAAUCUCUCGAUCACCGCCGAGGCAGAGGAGACGCAUGAGCUGUGUGGCAAUAAGAUCUCCACCACACCUGCGCGAGGCCGGUCAGACACAGUGGUCAAAUCCCUGCUGGUCAAGGUCAGUGUCUAUGUGGCCUUCAGCCCCUGAUGUCCAACUUUGGCUCACAGCUAUCAAGUGCCAGCAACUGAUUCAGAACUCUGGGUCUUCCCUAAACAGGUGUUGUUGGUUUUUUUAGGGGGGGGGAGAAUUGUAUUCAUUGGGUGCUGGGCAGGAGAGGGCCUUUGGAUUUUUGCAGCGCCUCCCUGUUUCCAGGUCUAAGGCGAUGUCAGCCAGGGGCUGUGAUCAGUUGGAAGGCCUGGCAAUUGCGAGAGCUCUUACACAGAGCAGGGGAAAGGCAGAGAAGGUAGAAGGAGAUUAUUCCCCUGAGAGAGCAGCCCCACUCACCAUCCCAUCCUCUUUUCCUCCCACAGCCAGAAGGCGUCCUUGAAGAAGAGACCCACAAUGCCUUCCUCUGCUCUUCAGGUGUGCUUAGGCUGCAUCCCUUGCUCAGGGCAGCUUGGCUUGUGAUGGGGCCCCAGAGAACGCAAGUUGGAGAGAAGACGAAGUGUUGCUCUGCUUGUCAUUGGGCUGUGUCUCUUCCCUAGGGCAGUAGCGGGAUGCAAAAGAGACCAAAGACACACACUCUGUCUCUCUGCUUGCCAAGGGGAGUAGGGAUGGGAUGGAGAGGGGGUGGAAAAACAGUUGAGAGAACACAGUGGCUAAAAACAGACUCACUGAGCUAGCAAGCUCCUAGUCCCAUCUUUGCUGUGUGCAAGUCCAACUUGGUUAGUGUAUUCAACUGCAUUAAUUCCUGUUCUUCAUCUCCUUUCAGGGGACCCAGUUCAUGAUGAGGUUUCUCUAAAGCUGCCUGGAGCUGUUGUGGAGGGCUCUGGCCGAGCUACCGUCUCCUGCAUUGGUGAGGAAAUUUGCCCCCACAUUCCUGCCCCAUCUCUGGCCACAUGAGAGAUGAGAGUCCAUUACCAAUAUUCAAACCACGCAGAACAAAGAUGGAUAAGAGAGAGAGGCAGCCUGGGGGCAGGCUCUGUCCUGUGCACAUUCCUUUAAGUGUCAGAGGAGAGCCAGCACAAUCAGGAAUCCCGGGGUCUUGAUCAUAAUCUCCACAUGUUUAAAUAAAAGUGCAUAGUGUUGGAGGAGAGCCUGUUGUCUCCAUAUGCACGUUAAACAAAAGUAAUGUCCCCCGCACAACUUCCAAGGCAAAAACAUGCUUUACAGGAUAUUCCAGAUCAGAUGCCCAUGUUGAUGCUGACAAGGCCUUGGAUGCAUGGGAACUUCUUGACAAGUCUGGCCGUGCAGAUGCUGGGCUUAUCUAAGCAGAUUUUAUUGGACAUAGUUCUCUGAAUUUUAGGUGGCAGGUUGCUAGCAGAGAGGAGAUUUUUCCUAGAUUCUCUUCAGGAGUUUGGGGAAAGUGCUCACAACGUUUUCUUCCAUCGUUUUGUCAACAUCCAGGAGACAUUAUGGGUGCUGCGCUAGAAAACAUAGACCAGCUACUUCAAAUGCCCUUUGGCUGUGGUGAGCAGAACAUGGUAAAAUUUGUUCCCAACAUCUUUGUCCUCCAAUACCUGGAGAAAACGAACCAAGUGACUCCUGAGAUCAAAGAGAAGGCAAUAGAAUACAUGAAGAGUGGUGAGUAGAGCAUUUCUCUGUCACAAAAAUGAGGAGAGGGCUGGCAUGGACUGUGCAGAUAGCAAAGGGGGAUGGAAUAGCAGUGCUAUUUUUCUAGAAAAAGCCCCGUGUACACCAGCUGUUAAUUGCAAGGAUAGGAUACAAAUGAGAGCCACUGUGGUGUAGCGUUUAGAGUGCUGGCCUAUGUGCCUGUCCUUGUUUACUGUGCCUUCUGGCAGUUUCCUCACUGUGAGAAGUGAGGUUACAGGGAACCAGGCAGAGGGCAUUCUCGGUAGUGGCGCCCGCCCUGUGGAAUGCCCUCCCAUCAGAUGUCAAGGAAAUAAACAACUACAGUGGUACCUUGGUUCUCAAACUUAAUCUGUUCCGGGAGUCUCCCAAAAUGGUUCAAAAGCCAAGGCAUGGCUUCCGAUUGGCUGAAGGAGCUUCUUUCACUCAAUCGGAAGCCGCGUCGGACAUUCAGCUUCCGAAAAACGUUUGCAAACCGGAACACUCACUUCCAGCUUUGCGACGUUCAGGAGCCGAUUCAUUCAGGAGCCAAGCCAUUUGAAUACCAAGGUACCACUUUAUCUGACUUUUAGAAGGCGUCUGUAGGCAGUCCUGUUUAGGGAAGUUUUUAAUAUUUGAUGUUUUAUUGUGUUUUUAAUAUUCUGUUGGGAGCUGCCCAGAGUGGCUGGGGAAACCCAGCAAAAUGGGCGUGGUAGAAAUAUUAUUAUUAUUAUUACUACUACUACUCACUGCAUCCAGCAAACCAGCCUCAUUAAAUUGCAUAUUCCCAAACUGAUAGAACUGAUUCUUCCCUGUUUUCUGUAGGGUACCAACGUGAGCUCCUCUACAAACAUGACGAUGGCUCCUACAGUGCCUUUGGGAAGAGCGAUGCUGAAGGCAAUACCUGGUGAGUAAGCUGAGCUGGUGCCAGUUGGGCAAAGCUGUGGCUGUUGCUUUGAGUGGGUCUGAGACUGGAGCUGAUUCUCCUCCUCCACUUUCUCUCCCGCUCUGCUCCCUUCCCCGCUCUGCAGGCUGACAGCUUUUGUGGUUAAGGCCUUGGGCCAUGCAAAUGCCUAUAUCUCUGUUGAUGAGAAGCACAUUCAGGAGGCUGUAGGCUGGCUGGGGAAGCACCAACUUCCCAGCGGCUGCUUUGAAAGUGUGGGGAGGCUCUUCAACAAUGCCCUGAAGGUAAGAGCACCGUGAAUUAUGAUAACAGGAUCGUACUGUUACAAAAGUUUGGUUCCUCCUCUCUGCUGAGCAGUAGCAAACUUACAGGGGGUUCCAGGGCCUGUGAUCCUUUGGAGAAUUGAGACGUGUCAAAGAGUCCCAUAGCUUUAAGAAAUAUGGUUUAUCCACCUACUUCCACUUUUCAUCUGCAUGGAAGGAGACCAGAUCUUACAGUAUGGUCACUUCAAGAGGGGCUUGUUGUCCACAGCAGUGCAGCCAUGGAGUCCAAGACAUCUCCCCAAGCCAGCCUCCCCAAAAUGGAUCCCACACUUUCUUCUUCCCAGAACACUCUGCUAAAAACUCUCUUUUCCUGUCACCUCACACCCAGUUACCCUAGCAGCCUUCCAAACCCCCAGUUUCUGUUCACACCUCAGGGCAAGAGGGGGUCAGUUCUUUUGCAUUGCCAAUGGCUCUCAAUGGUCCUGAUUUGUUUCUUAAUGGCCCUGGCUUGGUCUGGUCAUAUUGCACAAGCUAGCUCAGGGAUUCCUCUGAUGCCCUGUGUAUGAAGCUUCUUGAACAUGCUGCUAAAGCCAUGACAGAUAUUUGUGGUAAAAAGGUAAAAGGUCAAGGACCCCAGGACGGUUAAGUCCAGUCAAAGGUGACUAUGGGGUUGUAGCACUCAUCUCACUUUCAGGCCGAGGGAGCCGGUGUUUGUCCACAGCUUUCAGGGCCAUGUGGCCAGCAUGACUAAACCACUUCUGGCGCAACGGAACACUGUGAUGGAAACAAGAGCACACAGAAAUGCCAUUUACCUUCCCGCCGCAGUGGUACCUAUUUAUCUAUUUGCACUGGUGUGCUUUCGAACUGCUAGGUUGGCAGGAGCUGGGCCAGAGCAAUGGGAGCUCACCCAGUCACAGGGAUUUGAACCGCCAGCCAUUCACAGAAACUUGGAGCAAAAAUCUCUGUACACCUGAAACAGGAAGCUGAUAGGUAAAGGUAAAGGGACCCCUGACCAUUAGGUCCAGUCUUGGACGACUCUGGGGUUGCAGCUCUCAUCUCGCUUUACUGGCCAAGGGAGCCGGCGUACAGCUUCCAGGUCAUGUGGCCAGCAUGACUAAGCCGCUUCUGGUGAACCAGAGCAGCGCACAGAAACACCGUUUACCUUCCCGCCGGAGCGGUACCUAUUUAUCUGCUUGCACUUCGUGCUUUCAAACUGCUAGGUUGGCAGGAGCUGGGACCGAGCAAUGGGAGCUCACCCUGUCGCGGGGAUUCAAACCACCGACUUUCUGAUCGGCAAGUCCUAGGCUCUGUGGUUUAACCCACAGAGCCACCCGUGUCUUUUUUACUUGGAGUAAAAAUCUCUGUACACCUGAAACAGGAAGCUGAUAUAAGCCCAUAAAUCCGUCCCCAGGUUAGACCAUGCUGGUGCUCUCUUAAUAAAGGGGUCCAGAGGAGUAAUCAUUAGCAAUGCUCCUGUUGCCUUUUGUCUUGAGAAGUGCAAGAAGGGAGCUGCCUGUCCUCUCUCAGCAUCCUUACAAGGUCAGCAGUGGAGGCUGAGGGUCACUCCCACCCUGCAAUUGCGUUUCUCUGUCAGGCAGAAUCUCUGGUGCAGAAGAAGGCAGCUUGCUAUUUCCUUCCUGUGAAAGCCACUUCCGAACUAGAGAGGAGGUGGAGUUGCAGGCUUCAAGCCCCUCCCCGCGAUACUAGGGGAAUCCUCGGCCGCGUCAUUCCCCCCAGCCAGCCAAUCAGCUAGACCGGGGGGCGUGGCCCACCCUAUUUAGGGCCAGCACGGCCGAGGACCGCCCUCUUUGGAUUGCCGUGCUACAGCUGACCGGGUUUUCCCACCCCACCCACCCGUUAGGCUAGGUUUUCCGACCUUGCUAUGGACUGCGGUUGGUUGCCGUCAAGGCGCCUGGUAGGAAUUUUUCCAUUUGGCAAAUUGGCACCAGCCAACUGGUUUUCGCCUACCUCGUAGCAAUCGUCACAACUUCCUGGGCAUUGGCUGUUAGGCAUUGGUAGGGGUAUUGUUAUGCAGAUUAUAAGGGGGGGAAGGACUACCCAGAUCGAAGGGUAGUCCGGUAAAGGAUUCAGGGGAACGUGGCCUUGUCCUAAGCCUAUGGAGGUGUGGGCCAACGGCACGCCCCCGAGCGGUGACCCCAGGGGGAGCUCCUAGUUGGCAUGCCUCAGCAGGACUCCCCCUACUGGUGGUUAACCCUUGCCGGUCUUCAUGCAAGCAGGCUGAAGCCGGUUAGCUGAUAGGACCAAUGCCUAAGCCAAUACCCCUCAAUUCCUGUAAUCAAUAAAGUUGUGGCCUAAUUUGACCCAUUAACCUUAAACUCUGGUGUCUUGUGUCUUUAUUUCCCGGGGGGGGGGCGGUAACUCGCCACGCAAACAGCAGUAGCUGAUGAACAACCGAGGCCCAAUAUGUUUUGGUGCCUUUGUCAGAAAAUCUCGAUUAACAGAAAGAAAACAAAUUAUAAUGAAUGUAGUUUUACAAGAUCUCUCUCCUGCUUCCUGUGCUGCAUGACCGAUUCCUCCUGACUAAGGAAUGUUUUGGCCACUCCUUGUAUAAACGUCCUUGGGGCGUGAGCGAUACCUUGCAAUUACCUUUCCUGACAUUUAAGGUGGGAGUUUCACACAGACAAGAGUGAAUCAUGUUGGUGCUUAUAAGUGAUGCUUAAAAUAGUCAUAUACUCAAGGCCUGAUCAUUGUUUUCCAAACUGUGAGGAAAUGGCUCUCAUAGUCCUCUGGCUUGACUUCUCUCUUCCAUUCUUAGGGCGGCGUGGAUGAUGACUUCUCACUAACAGCUUACAUUGCUGCCUCACUGCUGGAACUGGGCAAGAAUGUAAGUCCCUCUGGCUUUCCCUCUGGGCCUUCCUCAUUAGUCCUUUGUUAACCCAGGAUCCAAAGGAUGAACUUUAUAAACAAGGAAUAGACAUGUUUACUGGAAUAGACACAUGGGCUGUGUGCACAUUCAAAGGACAUUUCCCACCUCAAAGAAUUCUGGGCCCUGUAGUUUGUUAAGGGUUGCUGGGAAUUCUAACUCUUUGAGGGAUAGAUUUCUUCAAGGAAAAGAAUGUGCUUUGAGUGUGCUUUAAAGAUAUUUAUACAUGCCACCCCAAUCUCCAUGCAGCAAGAGGUUUCUGGGGUUCAAGCACUUGCCCAGAGGUCAGAUUCCUUGGAAUGAAGAUCAGCGGGGACUGUCUUUAGGAUAUACAGUUCUUUUUACCUAUAUAUACAACCUGAGCAUAGGAUGGAGGAGCAUUAACACCCCAAAAUAUAUUGCUUCUACAUUAGUGUGAGCUUUGGAAGCAGCACAGAGCAAGCAUGUCUCUGUGUGUCUGUUUCUAGCAACUCACACAGAACUCUCUGGUUGCUGAUUGGCUGCUCCUGCAGGCCAGUCAGGUCGCUGAUUCACUUCCACCUGGAGCUGGAUUGGGUGGCUCCUGCGGACCAAUCAGACUCUCUGUUUAGGGAAGCUUUUAAUGUUUAAUAGGUUAUUGUAUAUUAGUGUUUUAUUGGAAGCUGCCCAGAGUGGCUGGGGAAACCUAGCCAGAUUGGCGGGGUAUAAAUAAUAAAUUAUUAUUAUUAUUAUUAUUAUUAUUAUUAUUAUUUUGUCCUUGAAAUAUACUCGAAGUCGAGUGUGAAUUUCAUGCUCUUUAUUCAGCUCAUAGUAGCAAUGAAUGAAACUUUCCCCAAAACAUCUAGCUUUAUAUACAUUAUUUACACAAUGGGCCCUGUGUGAUUGGCUAAUUCCGGGCUGCUCCUGUAGGCCAAUCAGGUUGCGGAUUCACCUCCUCCAGAAGCCUGAUUGGCUGCUCCUGCAGGCUAGUCAGGUCACUGAUUCACUUCCACCUGGAGCUGGAUUGGGUGGCUCUUGCGGACCAAUCAGACUGCUGCAUUCUAGAUCCUGUUGUUCUAGGAUUCAGCUCAGUACAUAACAGUCCUCCUACUUAGCAGUUAGGUGAGGGGCAGGGAAGGGCCCACUCAUUUGUUCUACACCACAGAGUAACUUCUUUUGUUAUGUUCCUCAUGGUGCUUAGCUAGUCAGCCAAAGCCAUUAGCUGGACAAAGGAAUUGGUUUGGCAAGCUUGCUGUCAUGCAUUCUACCAUAACAGAUACAGGAUUCCGAAAAUUGGAAGGGACUCAGGGCAUCAUCCACCCCAUCAUGACACCCCCCCACCCCCACAACUCAUAACAGUAUGUUGUGCACACUUUGCAACUGAAGCCAUCAAUGCAACUGAACUGAUUCAUCCAUUUCCUGGCAUUUAGGCAGUUGAGUGAGCAUUGAAAGCCCUUAACAUGCUAAACCAGGCUUCCUCAGCCACAGCCCUCCAGAUGUUUUUGAGACUACAAUUCCCAUCAUCCUUGACCACUGGUCCUGCCAGCUAGGGGUCAUGGAACCUGUAGGCCAAAAAACAUCUGGAGGGUCGAGGUUGAGGAAGCCUGUGCUAAACCAUGGGCAGGCAAACUAAGGCCCAGGGGCUGGAUCUGGCCCAAUCGCCUUCUAAAUCCAGCCUGCGGACUGUCCGGGAAUCAGUGUGGUUUUACAUGAGCAGAAUUUAAAAUGCAUCUCUGGGUUAUUUGUGGGGCCUGCCUGGUGUUUUUACAUGAGUAGAAUGUCUGCUUUUAUUUAAAAUUGCAUCUCUGGGUUAUUUGUGGGGCAUAGGAAUUCGUUCAUAAUUUUUUUCCAAAAUAUAGUCCGGCCCCCCACAAGGUCUGAGGGACAGUGGAUCGGCCCCACGCUGAAAAAGUUUGUUGACCCCUGUGCUAAACCAUGUUUAUUCCGUUAACUGAAUUUGAUUACAGUUUGAGAAGGCUAUGCCGAAAACUUGAAAAUUAGAAGCUGGUUUGUUGGGUGACCUUAAGCAAGAGGUCAUUUGGCCUUCAUGCUCUACAAUCACCCCAGUUUAUUUCUCUGCUUCGUAUGAAUGUUAAAGGAGCAGGAACAUGCCUGACUGGGGAUUUUCAGGUCAAUAGGAAAGAAAAAUGUGCACCGCUUGUCAGCUUGUUGGGUUUAAGUAAUUUCUUGCUCAGCAUCCUGAAGGUUACCUCUCCAACACGGCCAACAUUCAAUCAGCAUGUUUAACAAUUUUCUAAUUAUAAACUGUGGCUCUAUAAUAUAAUAUAGCAUUAUGUGGAUUUUUCUGCUGCCAUAUCAUCAUAAUGUCUUGGGGCGACUAACAGCAAUUUAUUUCCCUAUAUUUUAUGCAAUUCAUUUACAUAAGAUGUGGUAAUAUAAAGCCUGCCCCCUCAUAUAAGAUAUUAUGAAAUCAUAUCCAAGCUGGAAGCUAAUUGAGUCAUUUUAUAUUUUUUAAAAAAAAAUUGCUUUAAAGGAUACCAUGGUAGAGAACGCCUUAGCCUGCCUUAAGAACAACUUAAGUUCUGCAGAGAACAGCUAUUCCAAGGCUUUGCUAGCUUAUGUCUUCACUUUGGCUGGAGACACAGAGAUACGGCAUCAGCUCCUAACAGCCUUAGAUGAACAGGCUGAAAAAACAGGUAGGAUGAAUUAUUUCAUUCAGUACAAUCUUUGUUCUGGAGGUUGCUGUUUUGCAAGCCUGGUUUCGAGGCUUCCUUUUCCGAUGCCCCAUUCAGAAUAUUAGCCCUUUCCUCUGAAGGUGCUAUGGGAUAACCAGCCUCAUAUAAACAACAUGCUUAAAUCUACUUAAUGCAUGAAGGGGUUAAUACCAUAGAGUAAGCUGUCCUGCCAGGCUUAGUGAGGCCACUUCCCCUUACCUUGGGAGGAAAGCCUUUUCACUCCAGUCUAUCUGAGAAACUCAGCUUGUAAAGAGGUUUGAGCUGAUUGUCCACAUGGAAUUCCUGUAUUCUGAGCACUUCACUUGCUGCCUUUCCCGUCUAAACAUAUACAUAUGUCAAUUCAUGUCUUUUUCAAUCUCUGUGAAAUAAGAAAAUAAACCCUCCAGAAUUAUCAGGGUCUUUGGAUUCUCAGUAAUAAUGGAGAAGGAUUUGGGUUAUUAUGGAGCCGUAGGGCUGGCUUACUUUUAUGUUCUGUUACUGAACGAUGUUCUACUUCAUUCUUUCCUCCUCCUUUGUAGAUGGGGCCAUAUCCCUCUCAGAUGUAGAGACAACGGCCUACUUUCUCUUGAGUUACCUCUCCAAUCCAGAGGUGUCCACCGAUGAAAUCAAAUAUGCCUCCCAGAUUGUGCGUUCCCUCACCAAAGCACAGAAUCCAUAUGGAGGCUUUUCUUCCACACAGGUAACAGGCAAGAUUUGUCCUCUGUAGAAAGGGGAGGCAUCUCAGACAAGGAGAGCUCUUCUUUGUCGAGUACAUUUUGGUGUUUCCAUGUGAAUAACACAAAUAUAUUCUGACAGUGGAGGCUUGUCACAUUAAAUUGAAGGACUUGAAUUUGCCUCGGCUAAUGCAAUCAGUAUUUUUGUUUUAAAAUGUUUGUUUAUUUGUUGAAAUUAUUGAACAUGAUACUAAGUGGACCACAUAAAGUAAAGUGUCAUGGGAUGCAAUAAAUGAAUAAGGGAACUGAUUAAAUUUUAAUCUUUCGGCAAAUCACACUAUUAUAUGCCUUGUGUCAAACUGGGCCACAAAAUCAUGGCGUGGAAUGAAGACCCAUAAAAAUAUGAUGAAGAAGGAUAGCAUUUGGAACACUAUGGAAAAGGGGGGUGUAAUAUUUAAGUGAGGCAUGUUGCAUAAUUCAGCACAGGACUGCUCCAUGCAGAUAUGCACGUGAAGAUGUGCAGUCACAUAUCUAAAUAAUCAAUAACCGUGCCUGUUUAUAAUCUCCCUGCACAUUCAUUGAUUGCAAACAGCUACGCUUGCAUAUGCAUGAGAAUGAUUGCUACAUGUUGCCAAAAUUCCCAGUAAUGGGUGAUUUAUCUGAUGGUUUUAAAGAAGAAUCUUGCACCUACCACACCCAAGAUGACAAUUUGCUUUCCCCAGGACACAGUGGUUGCCCUGCAGGCUUUACCCAAGUACGCAGCCUUGACCUAUCGUGAAACAGGCGAUGUGAAGGUCCUGGUGAAAUCCAGUGGGGGUUUCCAGCACGAAUUCCAUGUGGACAAGCAGAACCGGCUGGUGUUGCAACAGGCGCCUCUCGCAGAGGUUCCUGGUCAAUACAAAGUGGAGGUGUCGGGGGACGGCUGUGCUUAUGUGCAGGUAAUCUCAUGGAAAUCACAGGGGAUGAGUAGCUAUGAAAAUAAAGGUGUUUCAUUGAAAUUCUACUCGAUAUUGAUCCAAAGCAGAACUCCAAUGUACAGUGGUGCCUCGCAAGACGAAAAGAAUCCGUUCCGCGAGUCUCUUCGUCUUGCGGUUUUUUUGUCUUGCGAAGCAAGCCCAUUAGCUGUUUAGCGGAUUAGCGCUAUUAGCGGCUUAGCGGGCUUAGCGGAUCAGCUGAUAAGCGGCUUAGCGGAUCAGCUGAUAAGCGGCUUAGUGGCUUAACGGAUCAGCUGUUAAGCAGCUUAGCGGAUCAGCUGAUAAGCGGCUUAGCGAUCAGCUGUUAAGCGGCUUAGCGGAUCAGCUGAUAAGCAGCUUAGUGGCUUGGGAAAAAGGGGGGGAGGAAAAAAACCCCCGCAGGAACUCGCAAGACAUUUUCGUCUUGCAAAGCAAGCCCAUAGGAAAUUCGUUUUGCGAAGCACCUCCAAAACAGAAAACCCUUUCGUCUAGCGGGUUUUCCGUCUUGUGAGGCAUUCGUCUUGCGGGGCACCACUGUAUAGUUAGCAGCGUAAAAAAUUAAACAUGUUGUGGGAUUCCCACCCCCCAAAAAUAGACCAGAGGCAAUUGUAUUUCAUCCAGCAGAGCUUUACUGCCACUGAAGGCGAACGAGCACAAUGGUCACAAAUCCAAUACAUCCAGGAUUGGCACUGUCCAUAAGAAAUCCAGUUGCAGCAGACUUCACGUAAACUUACAAUAACUUAUAAUAGGACCAAAACUCAACACUAUAUACAGAACACCACACCAGAAGGAAGAGAGAUCAAAAAAGAAAGUGAAAGCCAGGCUCCUUCUGGCCUUCCUUUUAUAGUCAAUGUUACCUUUCAGAAAGAGAUAAGAGAACCAGUUUAAGCAGCUGUACUCCGCUUCUCUAAAGGAAUAACCCAAACAUCACGAGCCUUCUGCUUGUUUCUUUCACACAGAGAAGCUUCCAGAACGCUCUUGAAUUAAUUAGAAUAGGAAAGAUCUCUACACAUCAUAUCAAUACUUUCUGUUCUAAGAAAUGCAAACUGGCAAGAAUGAUAUGUAUGUUUCAUGUGCAUGCAAGCACCACAGCUCUAUGCAAAUAUACCACCCCUAGAUCUGUCCACUGUGCUUUUUAAGAUUGCAAGGGUGAAAAGCUUUUUCUGCACAAUGUAGUACAGUACUUGCUUGAUAUUGUUGCUACAAGGUAACAGGAGCUGGGAAUAAAAACAUUCUUUUUUUUCUCCACUAGACUACCCUUCGAUUUAACUACUCACCUGAACAGACCAAUGUUUUUGCUUUGAGUGUGGAGACGGCGCCAAAGGAAUGCAACCAGGUUUCCAGGAAAUUUUUCGACAUCCAUCUACAAGUGAGGUAUGGAAUUUUACCCCGGUUGGUUCCUGAGCUCAGAUAAACACAGGGAGAAGCAGCCUGUAAGGCUUUAGUGGCAUGAAGAAUUGCACCCAGCUCCCCUAGGAAGCUGUUAAGAAAUGCUAGCCAUUGAGCCUCAUCUCUCCCUGGGUUGCUUUCUUUACUGAAACUUGACUCGUUUCCUCCGAUAGCUACACAGGUCAACGGAAGACAAGCAACAUGGCCCUGAUAGAAGUGAACAUGGUAUCAGGAUUCAUACCGCUGAAGAAGUCUGUGAAGAAGGUGAGAAAGUCUUCUGAACCUCCAUCUUCUGCCCUUCCUCAGUGUAUGCAAGAUGCAUUUCUAACAUUUGUUAGUGGCCAUAUAAAUUGUACACUUGUAAUGAUCUGUUAGGGGACACGGGUGGCGCUGUGGGUUAAACCACAGAGCCUAGGACUUGCUGAUCAGAAGGUCGGCAGUUCGAUUCCCCUUGACGGGGAAAGCUCCCGUUGCUCGGUCCCUGCUCCUGCCAACCUAGCAGUUCAAAAUCACGUCAAAGUGCAAGUAAAUAAAUAGGUACCGCUCUGGCAGGAAGGUAAACGGUGUUUCCAUGCGCUGCUCUGGUUCGCCAGAAGCGGCUUAGUCAUGCUGGCCACAUGACCUGGAAGCUGUACACUGGCUCCCUCAGCCAAUAAAGCGAGCUGAGCAUCGCAACCCCAGAGUCGGCCACGACUGGACCUAAUGGUCAGGGGUCCCUUUACCAUUAAUGAUCUGUUAGGAGAUGCUGCUUUAGGCUUGUUGUGAAAAACCAGUUAUGGCCAUUGUCAGGGAACUGCCAUCAGUACUGGAGGGGGAGAGCGAAAGCCAGAGGGAUUCCAGAGAGCGUCCAGGGAUCGGGAGGAGCAGCCCAUCUUCUGGGGAAGAGAAUCAGCGUAGCACCAGGGGAGAAGGGGGGCAGCUGGGGGAAGUGAUGAGGCGGUCUCAUGACUCCUUGCCUGGGACCAGCGGGGAGAGUAGGGGUCCUCCGUUGCCCACGCCCUCCCUGCGCAGAAGGCUUCCGUGCAGAGAGGGUAGGUGGAGACUAGGCGUCAAAGAACUUCUUUGCUGGAAGAAGUUUAAGAAACGCCCACUGACGGAUUCUGCCAGUGAUUGAGUCAGCCACGGGUGAGUGGCUGUCCGGACAGAAAAGGUUCACUUUGGCAACCCAGCCAGGUGUUUGCACCCAGCUGGAGAGAUAGGCACCUGCUUACGCACGAGCAACCCCUAGAACCAUUACAGCCAUUUACCUCAAAUGCUCUCAGAUUGGCACCAUAUCUGGCUUGCUGGAAGCAUCUACCCACUGAAGAAUCUGAAAUGUUCCUCCUGGCAAAAGAAAAAGGAGAACGCAUGUCUGAAGUGUUGCUUAUAUAACCCAUUAGGCGUCCUUUCCAGUGCAAGAUGAGAUAGAGAGGCACUUGCUCGAAAUUGCUCUCUUAUGUCCUGUCUAGGCCAAAAACAGUGUGCAAUUUCUGAUGGCAAGCAGCCCUCUCAGGCGCAAAGGUCUUGGGGCAUUCUCCUCCUUUGAACGGAGAAGGGUUUCUGCCAGGUGGAAUGUAUGGAGGCUCAGGUCUGCCUAGCAAAAAGAUCCAGCCAGGGAAGUAAUGGGAUGGAAACAACCUACAGGCCACAAUUUGGCCAUCCCUAGUAUUAAAGCAAAGAUGCAAAUCUAUAGGUCGAGCAGCCCACACCUCAUCUUUUGCAUGAAUGCACAGAUCUCAUGAGUGGCUGCAGCACAAGGCUGGUAUAAACAAAAUCACAAUCAAGAUGUUCCUUAACUGUGUCCUGCUGUUCUAUAUUCUGACAGCUGGAAGGGAAAGCCAAUGUAAAGAAGGUGGAAUUUGACCCUGACAAGAUCAGCAUCUACCUGGAUCAGGUGAGAACUAUGGUAUGAAACUUGGACCAGGAGUACUUGGGAGGGGGUGGCUUAAGAGACUUCAUUUCAGAAGUCUAGGAAUGUGUAAAAGCGGGUAUGUAUAAUAGGGUUGUGGUCUGUAGGAGUGGUUGCAAGAGCUAGAUCUCAUAUUUUGCCCUACUCUGUUUCUCUUUAGUUGGACAGCACUGUUCAAACCUAUGUUUUCUCUGUGGAGCAGGAAAUUGACGUGCUGGAUCUUAAGCCAGCGAUAGUGAAAGUCUAUGAUUAUUACCACCCAGGUAAGCAUCUGACUGGUUAAAGGUAAAGGUAAAGGUACCCCUGCCCGUACAGGCCAGUCUUGCCAGACUCUAGGGUUGUGCGCUCAUCUCACUCUAUGGGCUGGGAGCCAGCGCUGUCCGCAGACACUUCCGGGUCACGUGGCCAGCGUGACAAGCUGCAUCUGGUGAGCCAGCGCAGCACACGGAACGCCGUUUACCUUCCCGCUGGUAAGCGGUCCCUAUUUAUCUACUUGCACCCGGGGGUGCUUUCGAACUGCUAGGUUGGCAGGCGCUGGGACCGAAUGACGGGAGCGCACCCCGCCGCGGGGAUUCGAACCGCCGACCUUUCGAUUGGCAAGUCCUACGUGCUGAGGCUUUAACCCACAGCGCCACCCGCGUCCUCCAUCUGACUGGUUACUCCCCGUUAAUAUGCAACUGCAUUAUGACUCCGCAAGCCCUGCCUUUUUGCUCCCACAGAACUUUGCCAGGACACUUCAGUCUCUCAGCUGCUCUGAUUCUGGGGUGUUUUUUUUAAAAAAGUUGUUCUUCCCUAGUACUUGGCAUCCAUGGGCAGCUGCCAGGGCUCCCCACAGCUUGAGAGGGUCCACUGCAGCUGACAUUUACCCUGGGCUCUAAGUAGCCCAAGAUCGCUGGGUUCUAAGCUGCCAUUUUAAUUUCCCACCAUGCUCCCAAUGUUAUGUCAUUCCAUGACAUUUCAAGAAAUGUAAUUAGUAGGUGCUGUGGUUUAAACCACAGAGCCUAGGACUUGCCGAUCAGAAGGUCGGCGGUUCAAAUCCCUGCGAUAGGGUGAGCUCCCACUGCUCAGUCCCUGCUCCUGCCAACCUAGCAGUUCGAAAGCAUGCCAGUGCGAGUAGAUAAAUAGGUACCGCUGCGGCGGGGAGGUAAAUGAUGUUUCUGUGUGCUUUGGUUUCCGUCAUGGUGUUCCAUUGCGGCAGAAAUGGUUUGGUCCUGCUGGCCACAUGACCCAGAAAGCUGUCUGUGGACAAACGCCGGCUGCCUUGGCCUGAAAGCAAGAUGAGUGCCACAACCCCGUAGUCGCCUUUGACUGGACUUAACUGUCCAGGGGUCCUUGACCUAUCUGUGUUCUAAUUUUGGGGGGUUGUUUUUUUAUUGCUUUCAAUAUGUUACUGAUAUUUUGCUCUCUGAAACGUUGCUGCACGUUUUAUUUCAUUGCACUGGGAUUUGGGGCUGCAAGGUGGCAUAGAAAUAAAGGAGAACGUAGCAUCUCACAGGCAAUUCUUCUCUCUCGCUCAGAUGACCAUGCAGCUGUCGAAUAUAAUGCCCCCUGCAGCGCAGGUAUGGAACAAAGCAGCUCUUGUGACUUGCUGGUUUGUAUGGCUUGAGUCGCUUCUCAGGAAAUCACCAAUUCAGACCAUUGAUCCAUCUUGCUCUGUAUUGUCAACACUGGACUGGUAGCCGCUUUCCAGGGUUUCAGACAAGGAUUCUCUCCCAGCCCUAUCUGAAGAUGCUGAGGAUUGGACCUGGGAUGUGAAGUUGAACCAGAUCUAUUCAAGCACCCUGUUUAUUUAUUUUUUAUUCUUCCAUUAGCACUUAACUCUCCAUAACAUGGGAGUCCUCCCCUCCAGCCCCCCAAAUUGCUAUCUUCAAAUUUCAUUUCAAUGGAACUUAUAGUCCAAAAUACCUGAAGAGUAUCAGGUAUGGGAAGGCUGCUUUAAAGUGUCCUGUGAUCUGUACAGGGGAGAUGAGGGGUAUUUUUUUAUCUUAUCCCCCACCCUUAGUCCCCCUUACCUUAGUGUGCUCAGCUGCUUUGAACUACAUCAUUCCUCCUUUCAAGAGCACUUAACUUUUAAUUACUGUCAUGCCUUGGUUUUUGAACAGCUUAGUUCUCAAAUGUUUUGGCUCCUGAACACCGCAAACCCGGAAGUGACUGUUCCAGUUUGUGAACUAUUUUUGGAACCCGAACGUCCGACGGGACUUCCGCAGCUUCCGAUUGGCUGCAGGAGCUUCCUGCAGCCAAUCAGAAGCUGCGCUUUGGUUUUGGAAGUCAAACGGACUUCCGGAACGGAUUCCGUUCAAUUUCCAAGGUAUGACUGUAAUUCCAUUGUAUCAUUAAGAACAACAGCACAAAGACAUGAUGGAAUCAUAACUUUUAAAAGCACAAGGAAAGGGCAGGAAAUCCAUUUGCCUCCUUUACAAAAAAAACAACAACAGAGCCACUCUUGACAAGAACCUGCAAGUGCUUUAGGAAAGGAAAGCAGGGUGAGGAAGAAUGUCUCCUUCUCGCUCAUAUAACUAUUGUUACAAAAGUCUGCCACCUGUCCCUCUCUCUGCCAACCUGUGGCAAGAGCGCAUAAUAGGAUCUCAGGCGCCUACAUAGGGUCUGUGUCCCUUUUGAGAAUAGAAGACACAGUGGUGACUGUUGUGCUUUAAGUAAUAGAUCCCCCCCCCCACCUAUUUACACCCUCGGUCUGCAUGGAGCGGGUCCAGAUCUUACUGCAUUGCCCAAAGCAUUGCGGGCAGUCCUUCCUUCUCUCUCGCCAAGAUGAAGCCCACCCUUUCUUCUUCCCAGAAGCCCCUUGACUUCCCCCAGAGCAGUUAUCCUGGCAGCCUUCCAAAUCUCCAGUCUCUGGUGUCUUGUUAAUGACCCAUAAUGGCUGUCUUAACUGCCCUAGUUUGGCCAUGCUACCCAGGAAUUCCUUUGCAGCUUAUAUUCUCCCCUCACAUCACAAAUAACCCCAAAUCCUAGCAUUUAUUAAUUCCAGUGUUUAGGGGGACACCCCCUUGUGUAACACCAUGUUCUGUCCCCUAGAGUGGACAGAGCACUGCAGCCUAUGCAGAGUUGGGGAACUUGUGACCCUCCAGAUGUUGUUGGACUCCAACUUCCAUCAGCCCAGACAGUGUGACAGAUGGUCAGGGAUGAUGGGAGUUGUAGUCCAGAAAUGUCUUGAGGGACGCAGGUUCCUCAGCCCUGCUCUAAAGCCUUGGUAGUGUAGAAAGUCAAUUGCAUUUUUUUUUACAGCUUUCAGUGGUAGUGUUAAAGGCUUCCUGCUGGAAGCACCACCAAUCCACGAAAAUGCAUGAUAUAAAGUUGAGGUAUUGUACUAUAGACUGGUGUACGUAUGCAUGCUUUAAAAAUAAACUUGUGUUUCUUUCCACAGAAACCACAAAGGAAGAUAACCACUGAGACAAUCGACCAUUGUAGCUGAAACCCCCACUGAACAAAGAAAUUGUUACAAAAGACUGUUCUCGUUGUGUAUCAUUUUGGGGGGGGGGCUGGGGUGGGUCUGCUUAUUUUUUUAUCACAAAAUCACUAAACAGUAGAGCUGGAAAUUGUCAUGGAAUUUUACUCAAUAUUGAUCCAGGGCAGAUUCCAGCGUAUAGUUAGCAGAGUAAAAACUUAAACACUUAACUUAAA